GACACAUACGGGCGCUUUACGUCUCAGCCGUUAAGCAAUGGAGAUGACAAUACUGAUAUGAGAUAACUGAGCACUGAAACGCUACUUUCAACAAUUUUGUCGACCUGAAGGCGUUUUAUUCCGACAGAGCGUGAUUCAGCCACUUUGCCAACCUUUCGCCCGUUGUCACGGCAAAGUGAAGUAUUUAACUCACACUCAGUGUACCUCAGUGAGGCGAGAAAGCGACGAGAGCCAGUGGAAGAAGAAGAAGAAGCUUUUAGCCAGUCAUUGCUAUGGCCUCCGAAAGCGGCGAGAGCAACAUGGACAGAGAGAUGAUUCUGGCCGACUUUCAGGUGUGUGUUGUUUGUUCAUCUCAAAUAUUAGCUUCAAUGCCUCGCACAGCGUUGUGGUGUUGUUUUUGGCCGGUGUCAGCAGCAGUACACACGACCUGACCUGAGCUGAGCUUUUCUCUCAGAGGCUAACUCGCUGAGCUAACUAUCUGACAGCCUUGUUGACUAGAUCCUAAAUAUCAUUAUGAAGCUGUUGCCAAGCUAGCCAGAAGAUCCACUCAAAGAGAACCAACAACCACAAAUGAAUCCCCCAUGAUGUACGUAUGUUUGCCUGCAUAUCAUGCAACGACAAGAUAGGAAGCUAAAAGAAGAGCUGCGGUCUUCACGACACACUCAACUUGUUGUUGUCAGGUGUCUCUAUCAGGAGUUAAAGCUCUAACCAGGCGGCUGAAUUUUUUUAUCCACAUGCCAGUAUGGUGCAUGUUGAUAUUAAGAUUACUCAAAUACAUCAAGUACACCGACCAGCCUCAAUGUGUCAGAUACCUGGGGAACCUGAGAGAGAGAGCGAUAUUGUUUAUACGAUCAAAUAUACAAACAGCACAGUUUUAGACAAGAAAUUUACCUAUUUUUGGAGAUUGAAAAAGAGUAGGUAGAAGUUAUUUAGCUUAUUUGUACCUACCCUCAUUCCUUCCAAUUCGUUCACUUUUUACAUGUCUCUAGAAUUUUAGAUUUUCUUAAGUCGCCAAAAGUAACCAAAGCUCCAAUGUCUAACAUGAAUAUGUAACAAAUCAAUAAUACUGACACAAAGACCUUAUAUGUACAUAUAUACACCCAUACCUACAUAUAUACACGUAUAUACAGUACAUGCCAAAAGUUUGGACACACCUUCUCAGUCAGUCUUUUCUUUAUUUUUUUAUAUGACUAUUUACAUUGUAGAUUAUCACUGAAGGCAUCAAAACUAUGAAUGAACACAUGUGGAAUUUUGUACUUAUAAAAAAAGUGGGAAAUAACUAAAAACACGUUUUAUAUUCUAGUUUCUUUAAAGUAGCCACCCUUUGCUCUUGAUGACAGAAGUACUUAGUGACUGUUUCUGUCAUCUGUUUUCUAACCCUGACAAGGCACACAUGUGAAGUAGAAACCAUUUCAGGUGACUACCUCAUGAAGCUCAUUGAGAGAACAGCAAAAGUUUGCAGCGCUAUCUGAAAUAUAAAACAUGUUUUCAGUUAUUUCUCAAUUUUUUCUGAAGCACAUGAUUCCACAUGUGUUUAUUCAUAGUUCUGAUGCCUUCACUGAGACUCUACAAGUUAAAUAGUAAUGAGAAUACAGAAAAUGCAUUGAAUGAGAAGGUGUGUCCAAACUUUUGGCCUGUACUGUACACACAAAUAUGUGCUUCAUAGAUAUACCUAGGAAACUUCACAUCUCUCAUUUGUACCAUACCCAUAUACAAUAUAAUAAGUGUGACAAAACGAAAAUCACUUAUAUAAGUAUUUUCUGAUCAUACUUUGCUUUAAUUUACUUUUAAACUGUGCUAUUGUUUUGCUUUGUUUAGCAAGCUGUUCCAUAGCUUUACCCCCAUAACAGAAAGACACAUGCUUUCUAGUGUUGUACGAACGCCUGGUUGUUUUAAAUUUCGUUCCCCUCUUAAUACAUACCUGCCCUCUCUUCUACCAAACAUUUUCUGUAAAUUACUAGGGAGUAGAUUGUGGCUUGCUUUGUACAUUAUCUGUACAUUUCUAAAUUCAACUAGAUUGGCAAAUUUUGAUACACAGUUGACAAACAGUUCAUUAGUAUGAUGGAAGAAUCCUACCUUGUUAACAGUCCUUAUUUUAGAGACCUCCUACAUCUUUAACAUUUGCUGACAUGCUCAGACAGGUGAUAAUUAUGCCUUGAAUUGAUUGUUAAAGUUGUGGAGGGUGUUGAUGUUCUGGAGUGCUUUAUAUUGAAAGACUUUCCUCAUAUUUUACUUUUAAGUGGAUAUCUUUCAAUUGAACACACUCCAGUAAAUCAAAUCAAAUCAUCAAAUCAAAUUUUAUUUAUAUAGCGUCAAUUCACAACAGUCCUCAUCCCAAGACGAGCAGGUCUAGACCACACUCAUUGUUUGAUGAAUUAUCAAGACCCAACCUAAGAUGGGAUUUGGCCCAUCUCAUCUAACAUAAGUAACAGUGGCAAGGAAAAACUUCCUUUUAACAGGCAGAAACAUUGGGUAGGACCAGACUCUUGUUAGACAGCCACCAGGCCGCUGCUGGCUGCUCCAGUACAUCACCACCACUCACCAUGUCAUCAGCGAUAAACGGGGAGUACAAUAAUUACCUGUCUGAUAUCAUGUCAACAAAAGUGAAAAAUUAAAGCUGCUUGAAAGUAUUGCUUGGGUAUCCAUAAUGUAAUUGCUGGUUAGUGUAUAAUUCACAGAUUUUGGUCAAAUAGCCAAUGCAACACGCAGACACUAUGAAAAUAUUGCUGUGGAUGUUAGUGUGAAAACAAAUAUGCAAUCUUAUAAGAUAAACACAGAAUAGAUCUAUUACCAAGCCAUUGCUGCCUUCCUCUAUGACACUUCUCAUUGUUAGUUCAUAGGGCUCAGACUCUUUUAGUCCAUGACCUUACCCAAGUCAAGUCUCUGCAGGACACAAACCCUUUCAACUUUUGUACCUUAUUCCAAGGACCCAAAUAAGGUUUACUUGUGUCUGAGCUUCUUAUCCUCUCCAUUUAUGCAAUAGAUUUUUGUAGCUGCAUGAGAUUUUUUUUGAAAGACACAUCAGAUACAACUUGGCACAAUGUAUCCUUAUUUUUUUUGGUGUUACUUUGGGAGUUUAGAUAAGCAUUGGGACAUUAAAUAAGUAACAAAAGUCAACCUGAAAUAGCAAUGUCUUAUAAGUAAUAACAGCAGUUAUAGGUCAAACUAAGUAACUAUCUGGCAUACAAACAGGUUAAAAGCCACACAAUGUUAUAAAUAUCUCUGAUCUUUCCUGCAGUUAUUAUUAACCAUGAGGAAACUUGCACUACCUUGCCAAGGGGAAACAAAACAAGCAUGUCAGAAGACACCAGAAAUGAAUGUGAAGUAGCAUCCAACAGUAACAUAAAGCAGGCAUGCAGCACUGUGAAGAAAAUGAUUCAAACACUUAUAUUAGACGAUGCUUCAUAUAAUAACGCUGACUGUAGAAUAUGAUGUCUUGGACUUUAGAUUUUUAUACCCUAGUAAGAAUAUAAAGGGGUGAAUUUGAGAUUUGUUAAAAUGUGUGUAUCCUGAACAACUUUGCAGUAAACUAACCUGUUUACACAAUGCCACAUGUUUUAAGCAUGCUCCACCAAGAUUAAAAUAUAUCAAGUAUAACUCAAAGGAAAUCAGUGGCUUUUUGUAACAUCACUGUGUGUGGGGCUUUUGCCACAACUUUAAGUUUUGCUGAUAUGGACAGUGGAAGAGUAGUUAAAUUUAUCCUUUGAUGUCUUUCUUUCAUUUUGUUUCUUAUUUUUCAGUGAAGUGUAUUUUCAUGUUAUAGCAGAUCAAAAUGUUUCAUGAAAAAAAAAAUUCAUACAAUGCUUUCUCUGUGUAAUUCUUCUCUCCUUGUUUAUUUCCCUCCAUCAGGCUUGCACUGGAAUUGACAACAUUGCAGAAGCAAUCACUCUGUUAGAGCUUAAUAACUGGGAUUUAGUGGUAAGUUCAUUAUCUGCAGGCUUUUGGGUUUUGGUCUUUGACAGGCAGGACAUCUAGAGAAUGAGUUCAAGAGGGCAGUAAACAUCCAGUGAGGAGCACUCCCUGUUAUUCUAUUAUGACCAAAGCAUUCCUUCAUUUUGGCCUGAUAGAUGUCUUGUUACUUAAGCAGUGUCUCUUGACCCUUACUACCUUUCAGUGCAGUGACAGAAAAAUAUGUCAGAGGAAGGGUGUCAUUGGGUAGAGAGACACUGUAAGAGCAAAAGUCUCCUGCCAGGUUUGUAUGAAGUCAUGAUGAGUCAAAACGAGGAAACCUUUACCUCGCAGUACAUGUCAGAAGGGGUCAGACUAUAAUUAGACCAAUGCUGGCGGUAGUUCAAAGCAGACGGCAGCAGCACUCCAAGCAGUGGCAGGACAGAUGGUGGGGCCUGGAAUCACUGCACCUGUAAAUCUAAUGACUUGCAGUUCCCCUGCAAUGACAGGUAGUUUUCUAAACAACAACCAAUUUAAUGUUUGGAUGUAAAGUUGAAAAACAUAAUUUAUAAAAAGAUAAUCCACCAAAGAUCUAUAUCCAGUAGCAAUAUUCUAUGUAGGAUACCAUUUAGUGAAGUCUAACUCCGUCUAAGAUAUAGAAAUUCCUGUCAAAGUUUGCUCAUGAACUCCUACCUAGCCAAGUGGUAACCUUCCUUGGUACAUUAUUUCAAGGGGACCAAGGGCUCUCUUCUUUCCUAAAAGAAUUUUUUAAUCCACAGAAGGUAUUGGAUAGAGGAAGUAUUUUAUAGUAUUGUAAAAGUAAAAAAAAAUUAAAAUGGGGUAGAAGUUUAAGAUUUAAUCUAAAAUGGGUAGGAAAAAGGAGUAGACUGUUUGUUUUAACACUGUUCUACUCAUAUGUCUCUUAAACUAAAUCCAAAUAUGGAACUCAGCCAUCAUUAAGGUGAUACCCCCCCCUGUCAUUCAUGCAGUAUUUCCUCCUUUCAACACUAAAAGGAUGUGACUGACCUUAUUUAGCUUGUUUUGCUGUGAUAGUAGUGAGUGUUCGAGCGUAAUCCAAACAAUUGUCCAUUCAAACAAAAGCUCAGGGCUGACAGUGUUUACUGUCAUGUUUGUCCUUUUAGCUUUCUUUGUGCUCAUCUGCCUCUCUGUUUGAAUUCUCCAUCUUUCUCUGUCACAAUCUGAGGUGGUGAAGGUGAAGCCUGAAUGAUAUUUUUACUAAACAAACAAAAGGAUUGAUGGUGAUGGUCAGAGAGUAAUAAGUCUGUCCCUGUUACAGAGUAAAUCUAACUCAUUGUUUACUUUGUGCAGUCUUGUCUUUAUAUACAUGGGAAGUGUCCCUGAACCAAAGUUUAUUGAAGUUUAAAGAUACAAAGCAGCGAUCCAAGUUAUUGUUUGAAAAGAAGGUUGUGUUGUAAAAUCUCAAACUUUUACAAGAAAAGGACAACUCUAUUACAUCCUGUAAUAUACUUCUCCUGUCAUCACAGGCAGCCAUCAACGGGGUGAUACCACAGGAGAAUGGGAUCUUACAAAGGUAAUGCCCACAUUGACGUAUGUUUUCGACAAAUUUGUGCAUCAGGUGACCUCUUAACUGUAAAUUAAUGUUACCUGUUACCUAGGGGGAUGCAUAGCUAGCUAUGUGACGAGCUUGUAUGUGACUUAGCAGCACACUUUUGUCUUUUUCUAUUGCAAUGCUUUUAUGAUGAUGUGAUGAAGAAAUAAAAAAAGAAGAGUGAGCCAGUGCUACUGUCAGCAGCUUCGGUAAAGAGCAGUAGGCCUCAUUCACCGUCUGUUCUUAAACAUUGUUCUUAAAACCUACUCAUGAAGUUUGAAGAUGAUUCUGACAUUCACCAAUUUUUGUUUUUUAUCUUAAAUUUGUUCCUCGCUGAGAAGAGAAUUGAAGAACACUAAUGGGCGUGCUUAUGCAUAUUUUAGUUCUGAUAUGUCAGAGCAAAGUUAUUGUUAAUAAACCAUGGUGUUUUCCUUCAUUUAGUACCAUAAAAGUUUUGAAAGACAUUUACAUAUACACAAUCAAAAUGCAGUCAUUCUUGCAGAGUUUGGUUUGAACUGCAGAGUGUUAAAUUAUAAAUAUGAAAUAGGGACUCAGACAGGAUAGAAAGCAAUCAGUAUCAGACCAGAAUCAGCCGUUAUGUGGGCCUACAUGCAUUAAGUGCUCAGUAUUGAUCUUAUAAAUGAAGAUUACAGACAAAAAAUAUAGGCAACAACUUCAAUAAUAUAUGAUGAAAUGAAACCUUAUUUUCACCGAUAAUAACUUACCCUUACAUACAGUUCUUUAAUAGCUAAUCUGUCACGUGUCAACAUUAUUUUUGGUCACAUCUUUUAGAAUAAAAUCACUGUCAAAUUAUCUUGACUAUGAGUGAAAAAUUUGAGACUAAUGUGUCCUGUCUCCGGCAAUUUUAACCUCAGAAUUAAUGCUCUUGUUUCAUUUCAUCUGGUGUGUGUCUUGUUCUGAUUAUAGUGCAGUGUUUUUGAUGAUGGUGUUUUUAGAUAUCACUUCAUUCACUACUGGGGCUGCAAAAUAUUAACAAGUAAUCUGUACUGCUUGUCUGUGCUUCCCCCCAGCAGCACUACCUCAGUUACAAAACAACUAAACUACCUUUUUACUGAGCGGUCGGUUUAUAGUUUAAUGUGCACAUUUGUAUCUUCACUUCUGGAGGUCUUUUUCUGUAGGUCCUGUUCUUCUUCUUCUUCUUCUACUUCUUUGUGUACUAAGCACUCAGCACACAGCACAGGUUCAUCCAAAGGAAUACGCUUAUGCUAAUUGGGAACAUUGAGCACAACCUUCAAACUUACAAGGACAUCAAAUUCAGCAUUUUAAGACAGACACAAACAGACACAUACAGACACAAACACUUCUGCUGUUAAAGAACCAUUCAUGAACCCGACUCAGAAUUCUCUUUGACGCUUUCUUUAGGAUAAGUUUGAGAAAAUCAAGAGGAGGUGUUGGUGAAUGAAGCCCUUUGUGCCUGUGACAGUAGUGUGAAUCUACAGGCAGACAUUCAAGGAAAGUAGCCACUAAACAGUGCAGGAAAUGUGAGACUGCAGCCUGAUUGUAUUAGCAGGAAACUGAACUCCUCACCUUGGUAAUGACCUGGCAAUGUGAACUUGCAGUUGAGCGUCUGCCCUGAUGUUUCCAUGGUCUUAGAUUUUACCUUGAUUAUAGUGAGUAUGCUUUGUACGGGACUUCAGCUGUGUCGCCUGCUUCUUUAAUGAAUGUUACCAAAUGUAAAUGUUCAAUCUACAAGGAAGCCCCGUUUCAUAGAUACCCUCAGUACUUGUUCCUACUUAAUGCAUAAACAGAUGCUUUCAGGUCACUGCUUCAGCUGUGGAUUCUAUUCUGCUGUGUGAUAAAGAAAUAAUAUAAAAGACACUGCAAGCUUUCUGCCAGGAGUGGAGUUGUGAACAGUCUCUGGGUUGAAAAGGUUUCUUUAAGAGGCUUGGAAAGCUUCACUUUCCUUCAACGGUUAGUUUACACUCAUGAAUGCAUUGUGCUGAUCUGAACUCACCCAAACUGGAGACAUUAUGUGAAACCGUUUGAUUUUGUGUACACACUUUGUGCACAGGCAAGCAUGUAGCUAAAUGUGGUUCAGGCCCCGGGGCCAUGAGAAUAUUGCGGGCUUUUCUGGAGGGCACGCAUUGCUAUGAAUGGAGGCUGGCUGGCAGCGUGACCAGCAGCCAACAUAUUUACUAAGUGGCUGGCACAGCUAUGAGUAGGCUAGAGUUGCCCAGUGAACAGACUCUGAUGACGUGACAUGAGCUGGAGCCAGUUGGAGGGUACUCCAACGCUGCUGCCUAAAAUCCAUUUCCCUUGUGUCCUCUUUAGUAAGGAGGUUGGGAAUUAUAAUAAGCUUGCUUUGCUCAUCAGCAGAAACCCUCAGGGCAUUUUCUGGUCGGACUUAGGGGGGGAAAAAAAAUCUGAAUCUUCUGUUGAACUCCCUCACUUGUCUGACAGUUUGUCCGUGGGUGAAGGCCUCAACUGUUUGGUCUGUUUUAGGACACCUCACAGGGGAACAGUGCCAUGUAGAUGUAGGGCAGCAUGGGAGUAAUUCCCACUCAGCAGCAAUAGACAAUUUAACGGUCUUCUGUGCUACUGUGCCAAGUUUAGUUAGAAGUGCACUCAACUGUUGUGAACGCUCACCCGAAAAACUGUUUUUUUUCUACAGAUGCUUAAAAGAGGUGUAAGAGACCCUGUGACAAGGUCUCUCUGUGUCUGCUUUCCACAUAGUAAACUUUUCAGAUGGUUCAUAUUCAUUUAUUUGAUCAAUGCAUUUACUAAUUGAUGGGGUUUAAGUCAGAUAACCCCGUGUCUGUGUGAUCUUCUUUAAAACACUGUCCACUUUCAUUUAUUUAUAUUAAAUGUCACAAAAUUGCCUUGUAAUGUAAUUAGACGCCUUUAAGUGAAUUUCUCACCCCAUUACCUCGUUUGUGGAGGUUUUCUAGUUGUUAACCGCCAGCCUUCACCUCAGGACAGUGACCCCCUCCAGUAUGAGGGGCCAAGGAAAAUAAAGCCUUUGUUAUAAAUCCUAAGUCUGGCACACUCUCUCGUGAGACAGUUGCUGCUUGCGCUUCAAGGAACAAAGAAAACACUUGUUCAUGGUCAGGAGACAAAGACAUUAUUUACUAUGUUGUGUUGAACGUAGGUCACACACUGAGGAAGCCGCACAGAGAAUAUCAAGAUGAAAAAUGAACAAAAAUUGCAGAAAUCAUUGUCAGCACAACAUUCUGAGUUUUUACUGUUUAUAUUUGCACAACGAUCACCCACGCCAUUGCUAACUUUUCUACUUUUCUACAGUAACUUUUCCAAUGAGGCCAGCAUGUAUGGACCUCCAAGCCAAUCAGAAGCAGCCGAUGCAGCAGCAGGAGGCGCUGUUCCUCCUCCCUCCUCUUCGUCCUCAUCCUCCUCCCCUCCAUCAUCCUCUGCUUCAGCCUUUUGUCCCAGCAUCUCCUCCUCUCGACACAUCGUAGAGCGUCAGCCCCGGAUGCUCAACUUUAGGGUGGAGUACCGGCAGCGCUCUGUAGAACUGGUACUGGAGGAAGGCAGCACAGUCGGUGAGCACUGUCACUGACAUAAGAGACUGUGUUCAAUACUCAACACAAUAAACUAUUCUUACCAUGCAAAAUUAUUUUUUCCACAUGUUUUUCAAAUGUCUUUUACAGGAGAAAUCAAACAAAUUCUUGAGACAGAGCUUGGGGUCCCAGAGUCCAAAAUGCAGCUGAAAGGAUGGAAGAGUGGGGAUGUAUCUGAUAGUGUGAGUCUAUGAGCUGUUUGUCACAAACAUGCAAAUAAAAAGAUAAACAGAACAAGUGAUGCAAGCUAAACCUAAAAAGUUGAAUAUAAUUAUACUGCUUUUUCCCAAGGAAUAAAUCAGUGUCUCCAAAAUAAACAUUAUACAAUGUUUUUUUUCAUGUCUGCCUUUGUGCAUGUACUGCAUUUUACUGUAAUUCAGUUUUGUGAGAUUCUGCACAAAUUUUGACAUCACCCAGGUUUCCUAUUGAACAAUUACAGAAUAGAGUCAACCAGACAAUUUGGUCUGCUCUUUUCUAAAGUUACUGAGCAUCAGAAAACAAAACAGGAAUGAGAAUUUUUCCAGUUCUACCAAAAAAGUACAUCAUCACAGGCCUUAACAGAAUCUUGAUUGACUGAAAUAGUUUAUUUCAAACAUGUAAAGAAAAAAACAUAAAAAAAUAUAUCCAUAAAUAGAUAUAUACAUAUGCAUACAUAUAAAUAUGUAUACACAUACAUAUAAAUACAUGAAAAGAACCACAAACAUUCACACAGGCAGAUAUAAAAAGAAAAUAUAGAAAAUAGAACGCACAAAUCAUUUCAAACCUAUGUGAAUUCUGUUAAAAAAGUUUCAUCAUGUGUUCACAAAAAAAUAAUUGCAUCCUUGGUGUAAAAAACUAACCUAGUGAGUGAAUCUACUGAAGUUUUAUCUUUGUGUGUGUUUGUAAUCAGACGGUGCUGAGAAGUUUACACCUGCCAAGGAACAACAGCCUCUACGUCCUGACCCCAGAAAUCGCUGCUACUGCCAGCACCAGCAAAAACAGGUACUGAUUCUUCCAUUAGCAGUUUCAAAAUCACCUUUUUUUUUACACCUACACCUUUGUACUUUCUCCUAUUCUGCUCUACAUAAGCUAGAAUGCCAGAGUGGCCUUUGGAAACUUUAGUACCUAAUAAUGAACACCAGAUGGCGAUCUGUGUCCAGUUAUGAAGAGGAUGUGUCCAGAAUACAGCCAGUAAAUUCACUGGAAUAUUUAGAGACAUUUGACCUGCUGGUGCACACUAUUUUCUCAUGUCUAUUGUGACAUUUUGAGAUGAAAAUCACUGCUGCUUUCUCUGUGUGUUGUGUCAAUAGUAAUUUUCUCCUUGUUCUUUAAGCCUGCUAUUGUUGCUAAAGGUUGUAAACCAUCUUACAUAGACUCUGUAUGUGAUAUUGACCCUUAAUAUCUAUUUCUGUCCAUUUUCCUAGACAUACCAGCCUGACACAUUAGUGAUAGCACCUACCAACAAUAGAGGUUUGUUGAGAAAGCUUGAUGAGGCAGAUGCACUAUUUCUAGAGGUUGUUCUUUCCAUUUCGGGGAAUACGUGGCAGUAUUAGCAACCUUUCUUUCUGAAAUGUCAGGCUGCUGAGUGGAAAAUCAAAGCGGUAAUACAAUCACUGGAUUGAGCAUGUGAGUGUCCUUUCAUCAGUGUCUGGUAAACAAUGUCCAAAGAAGUCAUAUUUCUCUCUUUAUUGCACAUGUAUGUUGGAGACUGACUGCAGCCUUUCUUAUUUUUAAUUUAAGAAUAAAACCACCAGGCAGGAAAAAAACAUACCUAUAUAAGGACACAUUCUCGCCAGUGUGAAAUUUACUGUAUAUUAAAGAUUCAGAUUUUAAUAUUUCUUGGUAUUCUUGCACGCUGUAGUUGGAAGGCUUUAAUUUACGGUGCAUGUGUGCGCAUUUUCUGGCUGUCCUUUUGUGUGGAGUAGAGACAUUUCCAGUCCAAAUGAAGGAGAAGAGAACAUACCGUGCUGCUCCUGUAAUUAUUAAACGGGUGGCACAUAUUUAGAAGCCCGUUUUGCCCACAAUUAAUCUGCCUCACCCUGAGUGGUGAUCACAGAGGGGACUUCUCCUCCAUGAAAACAAAAAUAAUCUCAGAGAAUGAAUUUUUUUUAUUUAUUUUUUUGGCAUUUGGCAUUCUGUUGAAUUCUUCACUUUUAACAUUAAUACAUUUUUUUUUGUAAAACAAGGUGUACUACAGACUCUUUUUGAAAAUGAUCAGUGAAAUUUUCAGUUGGCAAUUUUCUGUGAAUUUUUCUUUGACACGACGCCCCUGUUGGUCCGAGUUGUUUAUCGUUGUCUAAAACGGCUUCAGUUUGUUUGUUGACUGUGGAUUUCUAAACAGAAACUGUACUGUUACUCUCCCCACACUUCCUCAUGUUAGCAGCCAAGCAAGCAUCCACAUGUCACCAGAACACUUGUAAAAGAAGUCAUUUGGCAGUUUGCCGCAUUGCCUGCUAGUUGGGCUAAGUGGUAGUUAUAUUGUGUUGGCAGCUAAUGGCCCUCAUCUUCCCAGUCUUCCCUCCCCUUGCUCCCUCUUCCCUGCCUCUCUUCGUCUUCUCACUCCCCCCCCCCCCGCCAACUGCUGGGUCUUUUUAGCAGCACCGUUGCCAUUUCUCUAAGUGUUAUCGAUAUCAUUUUGGGUGUCAGGAGCUCAUUAUUCUGUGUCAGCUAUUUCAGUGGAGGACAGUUGGGGCUGAACGGAGUGUGGUGGCCUUCUGUGUGUAUGCACAUGUAUUUGUGUUUCAGUGUGUGUGUGUGUGUGUGUAUUGUGACCCUGUUGUCAUACUGGGAGAGGAUAGGUGAAAGAUCACAGAGAGCAAGGGGAAGCAGUCCCCUGUAGCGGGACCAGACGAGCUGUUAGUAUGCAGUAAAAAUAAACUGUGGUCACACCAGAAAUCCACACUAAGUGCAAUCUAUGUGCAGUGUGUGCAAAUUUGUUCCAUUAAAUAAAGCUCUGUGCGAAUAAAGUACUUUACAUAUCAUCACCAUACCAAGUCGAACUUCUAGUUAGGCAGAACUUAAAUGCAUUUACUCACAAAUCUAAUUAUUUUGCUCAAUUUACUUACACAUUUGCUUACUUCUUUCACUACAAUAGCAUAACAGUUUUAAGAUUUUAGCAUAUAAGUAUAGCUAAAAGUAAGUCUAAAAAACACACUGUCCUUUCUUACACCUGUAAAUCUUAGUCAUUACAGGCUCCUCUAAUGUAGAACUAUGUUUAAAAAAAAGCCACCCCUGUUUCCUAUAUAUGCUUUUGCUAGGUUGUAGAUAAACUCUGAAAACCUCAAAUCAAUCUUACAAACUUUUUCCCCGCUUCAAAAUGUUGCUGAGUCAAAAUGCAGAUGUCCCAUUAAAGGUUAUAUCUCUGCCAAUUACUUUGUAGAGCGUGGCUCAAGCAGCACACACACACACCUAAACCAAAGGGACUGAUUAAACAGUGCUGUACUGUCAUUAUGAUCCCACUGAGUACACUUCUCUUAGUUUUCAUGUUUGAUUAGAAAUAAAUCUUGAGGCUUUGGGAGAUUUUUCUCUGAGCACCAAUUCAUCUCAGACAGGUAUUUAGUUAGCGGUGUGAUGUGCGGUUAGCCCUGAAGUACUAAAGCCCUGAAUGAAGAAGGUUCUCUCUGUGGCCAUGUUGAUGACUGCCUGUGAAUACAAGAGGGUGUCGAGGAGGAGCUAAUCUCUUGCAUAAAUGAUGAAGGCCUGAUGAAUAUUUCAAUGGAGUCUGUUCCCUUGUUCGUUUACUCUUCGAGCGGCUCCCAGGCAGCGUGUUUGCCAACGAAAGGUUAUUUUAAUUUGAACUCCAAAAGAAAUUAGAAAAUUGCAAAAAUGAUUCAUUAGGUUUUGUGUGUUUUUGUGGUGGCUCCCUGCCUCCCACCUCUCUGGAUUGUGUCAGCUAUCCAGCAGGAUAUUCAUAAAUGCUCCAAGAUGACGGCUAGCUAGCUCAUUAGCUGAAGCAACCCAUACUGUAGGCAUCAAACGGUUAGCAUGUUGGUUAAGUUUGGCACAGGAUGGCAGACCAAAACAGAGCAGAACGGUUUCGUAUCCUCCUGCUUUGUUGUGGAUGCAAGAUGUGGAGGAGGUAAGAAGACCGUGUGUGUGCCUCAUGACCUCCUCUGUGCUUAUUGAAGGUAAAAUGGUCAGUCAGCACGUACUUUCCUGGGGUUUAUGUUUUUAUGGGUCUCUAAGCAGGAGAAACACAGGCAUGAUGGUGUUAGAGUGCUUGGGAGGAAGUGUGUGUGUGUGUGUAUGGGUAUUUGUGUUUUGCAGGCACAUGUCACAUUGUGAGUGUGUGUCUCUGGCAGUGCUAGUUUAAUAAGGUCUAGAGUCUGCUCUGUGCCGCAGGGACUCACAGCUUAGGCGAUGGGCUUACCUCAGAAUGAAACCAAUCUGUUUAGCCUGCUCCUCUCCCCCUGCAAAACGCUCCAUUUUCCCUGUCCUUAAAGUUAAAUGACAUUUUCCUCCCUGCACCCUUAUGCCAUGUCAAGUACCUCCAGAGAUAUUUCAGGCCGACCUGGAUGUCACGAGUGUGUGUGUUGAGUGAGAAAGAGACCUCUGAAGGCAGAAGCAAACACUGAGACAUCCACAUUUCAACCCCUGCUUCUAUCAGAAGACAGCUGCUUUGAGGACAUCGUCGGUGAGAGCAGUCAAACUGAAGGGAUAUCAGCCUUAAAGCAUGGGGGGGGGGUGUUUGUUGAUUUAUCAACCAGCCAGCUUCAUCAGACAGAUGGGAAAUGACUCAUUAUGAAUGGCAGGUUUAGUCCCCCUCUGACUGCAUUUGAUAUUUUGAGUAGCUAUAUUUGUACUGUAGAGCACAACGAGUGGUCUGAUUUUUUUCAAAGUAAAUCUUGAACAGAAAUCCACCCACAAGCACGCUCACCAAAUGGCUCAUCGGUCUGCCAUGAAUGACUGAUAAGAUGUUCCUUCUUUGCUUGGAAGGACAGAGUAACACUUCCACUCAGUUUACCCUCUAUCUCUGUCUAUUUAGGAGUCUAGCUGUCUGCCAGCACUAGCUCGGGACUGUGUCCAAACAUAAUCAUGAUAUUAGCUAGAUCCUUAUUUAUGUGUCCCUACCCCUUCCAUUUUCUCUCUCUAUUUCUCACUCUACCUCUCUCACACACAUGCAAACACAUCUCUCUCCUCCUUCUGCUCAGCCCCUAUUACGUAUGCAUCCUUCCUUCCUACUCCACACAUUUCCAAUCUUCCCCAGUUAGCUACAACAAACAUUACAUUUACAUAUUGAUUUCGUAGUUUUAGUCAAUGUAAAUAUGCUGUCAUUACAGUAAAUUUGAGCUUCUGUUAACAUAAGCUCGUCCAGAUCUGUGCAGAUUAAGGGUGUGAUUGCAUAAUUAAUGUGUGCGCUACAUAUUAAUUCCCCCAUCCCUCUCUUUCUCUCAACUCUUCCUCCUCUCCUCGGGUUCUGAGCCCUGAUUAAGUGCCUGCUUCGGCCCUUAAGCCUCCCAUUGAUAUUCAGCCUCACAGACCCAGCAUUUGCUCAAAACGCUACUUAACCUCACAGCUUAUUGUAAAUGAAGCUUCCAAAAGUUGAUUCCCCCCCAUCUCCUCCUCUCUACGUGAAAACAUAAAAAGUCUGUGUUUGCUUCGUUCUCAGCGUUUCUCUCACCGCCAUGGGAGAUAGUGAGCGAGCUAUGGUGCCGAUCCAGACAGUCAGGCUCUUCACUUCACGGCCUCCAGGACAAGUUGUGUUUUUACUUCUAAGUCCCAAUAUCAUCAGCACAUGGCAUCUUUUGUGAACAUAAAAACACCCAGACCAGUGAUGUUACCAGUGACUGAUGUUUAUGCUCUGAGGACAAAAAAGAGAGAAGAACCACGUGGGUUGAUAUAGUCAAAUUGGUCAUUACGGCGAUUUAAAGUAGCAGACAUUAAAGUAUUCAUGUAGAGAGUAUUGAAUUGAAAUAUUUUUGUUUUGGUUUGUAGUUUUAUUCCCUUGAGGUCGGGUUGUCACGAUCUUGUCAUGGUAUUUAUUCAGAAAACUAAGGGGAAAGGAGCAACACUAGAGACAACCAAAAGUAAAAAUGCUGUCCAAUCCAACAUUACGAUAACUUGGCUCUGACAAAAUAUCAACGAACUUCAUGUGUCAUCUCAUCUCAGGGCUUGCAAACCAUUUCAUUCUUGUGGUAAAGUCUACAGGAUGAUGGGGCUGAAUGUGUUUGUAGUGUAACCUACUUUUUCAGUCAGUGUUGUUUCUGCAUUUCCUGCAGACUGGAGUGUUCACAGACAUCUGGUAAGGAGUCUUUCUUUGGGUGCUGUAGAGUUCUUUGCUUUGAUCGGUUGUCUCCUCCAACAUGAUUUGCACUGCAGUAGUUGCCGUACACUAUAGGAAAGGCCAGCUAGCUGGUCGUCUUCUUCUCCUGCUGCUUCUACAUCUUCCCUUUUUUUCACGGCAGGUGGCAGCCAGAGAAACCGCCCUUCCCCUGCUAUGAACCAAUCAGUAAACACAGUAUUACUGUAUGCUUUAGCACAUUCUUAAUCUUAUUAUGAAGACUACCUACAAUACUGGUAUAUUGUGACCGCCUUACUUUGAGGUCCGACUUCGGCCGUAUUCUUAAUGUUUUACCUUCAUGAUAUUCUGUAACACUCAGAAUUUCCAUUAAUACUGAAGAAUGUAUCUCCACAAAGUCAUCAAUCAUUCAUAAGGCUUUAAUUGAUAUGAACUGGUAUGAAUAAUAAAAGGUUUCACUGUAAUCAGCACACGUACGUUUAUUUCAGUUUAUCGGCACUGACAAAUGCAGCGCUAACUCUGCAGCAUCUGCUGAGGAGGAAGGGUAUCAUGAUGCAUAUUUAUGGGACUUAGUGACUUGUAUUUUUUAGCUAAAGAAUAAAAUUAAGCACAGUUCGUGUCCCCUUCAUGUAACAUCAUUCACGGUUCGAAGUGAAACAAAUCAGUGAUAAAGCUGAAAAUCUACCUGGAGCAGUCGUGUCGGUAGUUGUGUUGGUCUCUAACCUCACUCAACCCUGCAUAAACGGUCAGUUUGUAAUCUUGUUUAUUAUACGUCUCUGUGAAAGCGCUUUGACAGAUCUUCAUGGUUUUUGGUUGAGAAGGUGCUGAAAGGCCUCCAGGGUUUACUUUUUAAUAGUAUGCUGGUUUGUUAGUAAGCCAGACUGAUGGAAGUCAUGCUGUUUCUGUGCAGGUGGCCAUAGCUGUGGUAGCCUGCUGUGCUGAGUGCAGCUCUGGCCAGGCUUGUUGAGACACAACCAGUGAAGUGGGUGACUAGCCCACAGAGGAGACACCCACCUCCCCGUGGGCUAGCAGGCUACCACUAGUUGACAAGCCUCAGCUUGCCCCUUUCUUAAAUGAGUCGCUCUUUGUAAUAACAUUUGUUUUGUGCCCCCCUUUUUUCUAUUUCUCUGACUUUAAUAUUCUGUCUGACUUUUUUUUAUACACUCAGUUCUUGUUUAUUCCGACUGCUUACUGUUUUACUUUAUUUCUUUCUGAUUCAGUGCUCUUCAGGAGUCAUUAAACCAGAACUUCUUGCUGGUGAUCAGCCACCGUGAAGCCCAGAGGGACUACAGUCUCAACUUCCCCGGCUCCAGAACCAUACAGGAGGUAAGACACCAGCGUGUCAACACUGAGACCAUUCAGAACUUUAGAGAGUCAUUUAAUAUUCCCAGAACCGUACAAAAGCUCUCAGUUUCUGCCCCACAUGCCCUUACUUACAUAAUAUUAUUGUACCUGAUUUCCUAGUUUCCCAUAACACUGCUUUAAUCCCAUUGGCUAAACGUCGCUUGUCUAUCUCAGCCAUCGAUUCAUUAUUCAUCACAAAUGAUCACAUUUCCGAGCACAUAAUUACUCUCACAGCUGUGGUCUGUUACAACCCCCUCCUUUUCUGCCUGCUCCCCCUGUUUAGCUUCUUUCUCCCUCUCUCCUCCUCUCAGAAUCUAGGAGGCAGUUUAAAUACUCAACAUUGUUUGAUUUCAGCCGGCGGGAGCAAUGGAAGGAGACAGAGUCAAUUCAUUUUUUGCCUCUGAAACUAAAGAGUAGAUUUGGCAGCCCAUUAAUUAUUUAUAGUCACUCCUACUGGACCCAGUUUAAAAGCAGCAUGCCUCUCUGUCCAUCUUUAUCAUUAUAAUAACUACUGCGUAUGGAUUUUAGCCUGAAGAGCGUAAAGAUAUGCCUUUUCUUUCUUGCCGCUGUAGGAUGGGAAAAUGUUUGUUUGACUUUGUCAGCGUUUAGCCACGCUCACACAAGCUUAUGUACAUAUUGCUGCUCAGUUCGUCCUGCUGCUCUACCCCCCACACUGAGGGAGACCUGAGCAGGGGGCAUUUUUUAUUCAGAGGAUAUCCUGCUGUCACAGGUGAAGGGAAAUAAGCAACCAAAAGACUGAUCUGCUGGAGUAAAGAAGCCCUGCUAUUGAUUUUAGCUCUUGCGUAAAAAGAAAAAAAAUCUUCCUUUUGGAAAUUUCAGUUUGUAGGAGUUUCAUUUUUGUUCCAGAUCUUUAUACUUUCUUGGUUUCUGUCUUCUUUAUUGUUAUACAGCCAGCUAAUAAUUCACUUCGGGGCAGCAGUGAGAGGUGUUCCCUGUCAGGUUUUUCUCAGUGCAUCUUCGGGGCUUGUUCCUCAGUGCAGGUGAAGAUUACACCAAUAAUAACCAGGCAACUAGCAGGGCUUGUAAUGGUGCUAAUUGAGCAGAUUAGUACAUCCAACAUCUGAACCGGAGGAGGCAGCUUGCCUCCCUGGUUUUGACCCUGUCCGUCCUCACUCUUUCAUUUUCCUUCUCCCUCAGUCAUCUCUCUCUCUUUUUUUUUUUCUCUCACCCUCUUCCCAGGCAGAUGGUUUUGAUGAGCACCCACUGUGAACCUUAAGUGUUUCUGGUGGGAUUACAAACAGUGGGGAGGGGUCCCUGCAGUGUGGGAGGGGGAAACUAUGGACACAGAAAGGAGGCAAAGGACUGCUGGCUUGGUGGGGGUGCUGUGUGAGGCCACGGGGGAGAGAGAGGGGACAAUGUGGGCUUAAACAGGCCUCCAUGUUGCGGUCUUUUCCUUACGCAUGCUUGUCUUUAGGCAUCUCAAGGCCCCCUGUGGUGAAAAUGAGGCCCAGAUCUUUAACCUGCAAAGACCUGGACUCUGUUUGCCUCAUGUUGACCAUACUCAUUAUAUAUUUACUCUUCAGCCAGGGGGCUGGCACUUUCCUUUCUAAGUACUGUAAUGUUUUAGGGAAUAAACUGUGAUCAAACCUUGUAAAUACGUUUUAUGAGGAAUGUUUCAGAAGUUUAAAACAAAUUUUAGUGCCCUAAACCUGAGUAGAUGCAGUGAAGGAAGUCAAAUAUAGCUCUGGGUUACAUCAGUUAAGUCACUGUCAAAUUAACUCUGAUGAUCAGGAUGAAAAAAAUGAGCAGAUUUCAUCAAAUCUGUUGAUAGAAACAAGUUGAAGGGAUUGUAUUUCUGUCAUCCCAAUAAGACUCAAGAAUGCAACAAAGAAGUAACACCAUAUUCAUCCAGCCUGACUCCCCAUUCUGCUCAUACUGUGUCCACUCACGAAACACAUAUGGCCUCCACUACAGAGCACCUUUUUCUCCCCAUUCUCCUCUUUGUCUUAGCUGAAGACUAGCCGAUGGUCCCUGCUUGUGCAUAUCAAUAGGGAUAGAGCCCUGUCUUCUUAUUUGUCUUUGUCAAAGGCUCUGGGUUUGCCUUGUGGCUCUCAGGGAACUACCCUUGCCCCUCCCUUUCUAUUCCUUCAUUCUCCAUCUCCCUCUCCAAAUGUCCUGUCUCUACUUUCUUUCUUCUACAUCUCUAGAGCGAUGGGUUGUGCAGGCUCUGAUUGGCAUUACCAGACAAGAGUGUGGGGGUAAGUUGCUGGCUAGCUUCUGAGCUAAGCUGGAGAGCAAAUGUUUGCCAGGGACGUAGAGGGUAGAAUAGGGAUGGCUGCUGGUUACGAGUUGUCCGUGACCAGACCAGUUGUCCUAGGGAUUUCCCUACUCUUCUGCCCCCCAGGGCUGGGCCCAGGCCCCAUCCCUGCUCCGCAGCUGGGAGAUAUAUAGGGCCCAAAUGCAGACAGAGCUACAGGGCUGAGAAAAGCAAGUUUGGAUCGAAAAAAGGAAUGAAAGAAAGGCAUCUGGUGCCUAGGGGAGAUGAAGAAAGAGAGCGAGAGAGCAAGCGAGCUUGUGACUGUUUAAUGGAAACCUUUGCUUUGAUUUGCUUCCAACCAGGGAUUACAGGCAAUUGGCAUUUACAGUGAUUGGAUCUUUAAUUUUGCCGUGUCGCCCUAGCAGCUCUGCACCACAGCCAGUCUUACUAAUAGUUUUUAUGACCAACUAAAGUACCCCCUCAUCUCAUGAUGACUAUGAGUACACCUGUCAGUACUAUGCUGCUCAUGAUAUAACCCAUCUGAUUUGUUCUGCUUUCCUUUCAACAGCACCUUUACAAUUAAUCCUCUGUUUGUUCACGUCAGGCUGAUAGCUACAUUUCAUUGGCCACAUCGGUAGAGUGUUCUGCUUAUUACUGCAUUAAGUCAUAUAGUGACACUUCCCCCUGAUGUCAUCAACGUGGGUCAAACAAGUUUUAUUUGAAAGCAAAAAUUGUAACUUCCAGUUAUAGUUUCAGAUGAGAUGUGAGUAGUAAACACACAGUCUGACUUCUCAGUGGGACUGAUGUGACAGACAGGGGGCAGCAUUAGACAGUAGUGCUCACACAUGCAUUGCUUUGGGGCAGCAACAAAAACUUCAGCUACCUGUAGACACUUGAACAGCUCUGUUUUUUAAGGUGUCUAUAUUUUCUAAAAAUAAAAAAAUCACUGAAUUAUAGUUGUAUCAGAUCUCUAUUAGAACACCUUUCUUUCCAUACAGUCUGUCAAUGACUGCCUGUGGAGUCUGGUGGUGUAGUUUCAGGUGGGCAGGUCUGCUGUGUAGCUGUGUUUUCUUUCUGCGGUGAGAUCAGGUUGUCCUUUGCCAGGUGCCUUUCGCUGUCUGCCCCCUCCCCACCAGCCCCUCCUCCUCUCCUCCACCACCUCUCACCUUCAUUCUCUCUGUGGUGGGCGUUAGUUUGUUGUUUCUCUGAUGCUGCUUUAACCUCUGACUGCAGCCUCUUCAUUACUAGUGUUUAUGCCUCUUCUUUCUUCCCUUUCCCCCUCUAUUCGUCGGCUGGCCAGCCGGUCAGUCAAAUCCCUGUAGUCCGGCUGGUCAAACAUAGAUAUUACACUCUGUAAUAACACUGGCCACCCGCUCUGACCCCAGGCUGCUAUCCUGGCCAUAGCUUCUCAUCAUAAGGAGAGGCGCCUUGCAGUGUGCUGUGGGAUUUAGGAUGGAAAGACAAAGGAUGGACUGUGCCACUCAUUUAUUAUUGUUCUUUUUUUCCCUAGCUUGUUUGUGCUGCAAAUUGCUUUGGUGUGCAAGGCCCAGCACAAAUAAAAUAUAAUUUCUCUGAGCGAUUGAUGACUGAGACUAUUUACUGUUGCCUUGGAGAAGGGAUCAAAUCAAAUUUAAGCAUAAUAACCUUUGUUAGCACACACCCACACACAGACAAACAGAUGCAAAACGUGUUAGUAUCAGAAGAGUGGGGUGAAAGUUUCCUACAGUCUUCUUGGUUCAUUGUUUUGUAGCUGCUCUUCUGCUUUGCCUGACUUUGACUUUGACUUUGUGUUUGUAGCGUUCUUUAAGUUUCCACCUCCAUGACCAGCAGCCCUGCAUGUGCCCACGGAUCCAUCUCACUUCAAUGCUUUUUACAAAGACAGGAUUUGACCUGUGUGUGGACGGAUCUUUGCUCCACAAUUGACAGUUUUCUCAGCAUCAGUGUCCAGCCCCGCGGGCCUGUAGAGCAGGAUUUUGCUAAACAAAUGCACCAAAAUCCACGGCCGCCAGCGCUCAGACACCGUCGGGGGCUUUGAUCACCUUCGGCUGGCGCACAUCAGGCUGGCGUGAGGGCUUUAAACCAACAACCCAGUGGACGGCAUAACGUGGCGCUCGGUGGGACAGACGCUGCUGGCUGCUAACUGUUUAAAAGCAUGGCAUGUUAUUAAGUGAUGCAGAUACAGCGUCUGCGCAUGAAUGGGAAAAGAGAAAUACUGUUCAUUUCAGAGCGUGGGGCUGUUGUUGCUGGGCAUUAGCUGUGGCAUCUGAAGAAUGCUGAUAACACUGGCCGUCUUUUUCAUUUCUUUUUUCUUCUUCUCGCUCCUCUUGAUUCAUCUCCUUCCCUCUUUGUCCACAUCCUCCUUGUUCCUCAUGCUGCUGAAUGGACACUGUUAUGUAGCUGUAAACACAAUUCAUAACAAUGUAAUUACUACAGAUUUAAAUGUUUAAGUAUUUUGUCGGUAUUUCUUUAAGUGAAAAAAAGAAUUUUGUAAAUGUACAUGAUUUCAUUUCAGUGUUUCUAAGAUUUUUUUAUGCUUCUGUCAAGUUAAUUCAAGUCCUACUGUAUUCAUAAAGCACAUUUCAUACAUAAAGCAACACAGUGUGCUUCAUGAGUGCAACAUCUAAAAGUACAAAUUAAAAGAAAAUUCCCCACCAAUCCUGUUUAAAAGAAUUUUUAAAUACCAUUAACCUUAUCCUUUUUUUUUUUUUUUUUUUUUUUUUACACAGGUGAAGAGGAAUAUUUCAGACUUGACCAACAUCCCAGUCCGACAUCAGCAGUGGGAAGGAUGGCCUGCGUCAGCCUCUGAUGACUCUGUAAGAAACACAGGCCCCUGAAAACAUGUGUAUUUUUCACCUGUCACAUAUAGUUGCUUUUUUUCUACCAGUAUCUCCACUCCUCUUUUCCUUCUUUAUUCAUUGGCUUCACAUAUUCUCGUAUCCAAGACUGCUUUAAAAAAUGUGCUCAAAUUAAAUCCUAAAAUUGAAAGAUUCCUUAUUAACAACAUAUAAAUACUUGCAAAUUGAAGGGAAACUGUUCCACACAUCGUAACCCCAUCCAUUCAUCCCAAACCACCUGUCAGAAGCAUGAGAGUAAGAUGUUGAGGCUAAUUAAGAUGUCAGACGGUUGCCGUUCGGUGUCCUUUAUCCGUGGACAUUAAAUCUCACAUCAUUGAGUCCCCCUGACCUCUCUCGUCCCAGGGUCGCUCUUCCCAGCCUUUUGCCCUGCACACAGUCAAGCUGAUCAGAAGCAGCCCUCGUACAGAACCUUGAGGAACCUCUGACCCCUUUUGUCUCGCUCACUCUUUGACAGCAUAUGUGUUCCCAUGCUAAUUGUAUGGGAUGGUUCGACACUGAGGAGCUCUUGUGCACACAUUCUUGUGUUAACCCCUGGCCAGCGUUUUCCUUUUAGAUCUCUGUGAUUGAUGUUUGGUUUGGAGUGUUGGUGUUGACUUUGUUUCAUUUUUUUUAAGGUAUUUAAAGCCAGAAUGCCCCACAACCAGACCACAGAUUCCCUAUUAUUUUUUCUAAGUGUUGUGAUUGAUAAGGAUAACCUGUUAAGGCAAAUACCGUCUUUUCUAGAUGUCACUUAUUCUACAUGUUUCAAAACCUCAGUGACUGACUAAUGGCUGCACAAUGGUUUUAUAACUCAAAAGUAGUGCUUUAAAGAUUAACAGAAAGCAAAUACAGUACAGCACUAAUGUCGCUAAGAGGGCAAAGGACAAAAGGUUCUGCACUCUUUCACUACAGAGGACUGUUUACUUAAUUAUUUUUUCUAUUACAGCUUCAAGCUGACAGUUGUAUUGCCACCAGCUACCAAACAACCAAACUGUCACGAUACACAGAUUGGUCAUUUUUUGUGUUAUCUUUGAAGUCAAUUAUCUGAUCAGUUAACUGCCUUUUGGUGCAACAAAAAUACAAAACUUUAGCUGCUUGCAUGAACAUUUAUGGAGUUGUUAGAAGCUCUGCACUUAAUUUUUUUCAAAGUUACUUGUUCAUACAUGUCCAUCGCUGUGAGGUGUUUUCUAGUGAGCAAGAAGUGAAAGUUGAGACACUGGAGACUGGACUGUACAUCAAAAGCCUGCAACAGAGGCUACACUGCAAUGUUCAUUAUGUGACGGCACACGGUCAAUAGAGUUUGAUGGUAUAAUCACAGCUUUGGCAUCUUUUUCAGUCUGUGUUAAACUGACAGAUGAGCAGACAUCUUUGCUUUUCUUAGUUUUAUAAUUAUUGUUGAUCCUCAACCUCACAUGUUUCUAUUAAUCCUAUUAUAUGUUGACACUUAAGGUUUUUGACAGGUGACAUAGUAAAGAUGCUGUUCAUUGCUCUUGCUUACUGAAAAUUCUCCCAAAUAAUACAUGCUACAAUCUUGCCUCAGGUUGGGCUGUUCGGCAUCAAAUAACCUUCUUUAACAGUUUGUGAAAGGGAUAUGCAGGUUGUGUACAAUGGUUAAUUGUUCACACUUAAUUAAGAGAAUGACCAGACUACAGACACAUCUGUAACUGUGUUCAGGACAUCAAUUCAUUCAGAUGGAGGGGAUCAAAAAAGGACUGUGAUUUUUUUGUGAAUGAAAGGGGGAAAAAAUUCCCUUAUCAGUUUGAAUUGAUCAAAUCAAUGAUUGUUUGGCAAAGCCAGUUUUGGAACACCAAUAAAAGAAAAUUUGUUCUAUAAGCAUCAAAACCUUUUAUUGGUUUGACCAGUUAACAUGCAACAUCAGGAGACCUUAUAUAUUAAGUAGUUACCUUAAUUCAAGUUUGUUUGCCUGUUGUUAUCAUUGAUAUAAUCAAAGGCCAGAACUGUAUAUCAUUGGCAUUAUUAAAAAUACUUUUCUCAGUUUACUGCAUGUCAAAACUUAAUUAAAUAAAUAGACUGAAAGAUAUUUUUUAUAAAUUUGAAAAACAUACAGUUUUAAUUUUGAAUUAUAUUGAUUUUGAUUUAUAAAGUCUGCAAAAUAUUUGACUAUAAAAACAAAAAAAAAUGCAAACUAGUUUUUUGAGUCUUUAAACAAACAAGUUUGAAUAGUCCAAUUAUUUUGUUUUUACCUCUUCACCUGUGUCUGUGUGUCUGGUCAUCAAACAUGCCUCCACCUUGGAAGCUGUUGAUAUGUUGGCCUGGAAUCAUGAAUAUAUUGCAGCUCAUUGUAGCAUCACAGGCCCGGUUGGCACCUGGCUUACACACAUCUGCACAGCGUCUGUGUUACCCGGAUGAGCAGAUAUUAAAAAGCACAGAGACAGAAGUGUAAUAAUGGCCCCUGCUUUUGCUGCAGCCCUCUUAUUGAAACGUCUGAAGGUAUUAACAGAGAAAGCCAAGGGCUUGGCCGGCCAAGCGGGUGGGUAGGGAGCCAGUGUUAGUGUCUACCUCAUUAGCCCAGUCUCAUCUCCUGAGGUUUGGUCCAAUAAACAUGGCAACCAGAGGCCCCAGAUUACGUUUUGCUCACAGACCAGCUCACUCGCAGUGGAAUCGAUUACUUCUUAAAAGUGCCUUAUUGCUAAGAGUGUGAUUAAACUGUGUUUGCCUGUUUGCAUUUACAUUCAUGUGUGUUCGGUGUUCGUAUAGCAUUUGGGUGUUUGUAAAUGUGCUGCAGUUUACUGACCAGUGCUGGGUAUUGAAUUGUUUUGAAUCACCAGCUAAGAAAUGUCUGAAGCACCAAAAUAAUUGUUUUAAAAAGUCAUUGAAAACAGCCAUCGGGUGCUUGGUUUUAUUGUAAGCCAUCUCACUACCUUAUUCUUUUGGCCGUAAAUUUUCUGAUUCUUCUAUCACUUUUUUUCCAGGCUCUGCUUUUAAUUCAAGAAAAGUGCUCAAGAUUGGACAUUUUCAACAAUACCCAAUUCUUACCCUGACAGUACCAGUGUACUAACCUGUAGCUCUGAUUUUGUGGUGGUUCCAUGAUUUGUUUUCUGUUAAGUUAGCUGUUUUGGUUUCCUUUAAGAAGCUGUAAAACAACAUUUUGAGAGGCAGUAAAAGCUCCUCUUUUUCUAUGGUUCAAGUGACUGAUCAACUUGUGUAGAGUAUCUGUUUCAGAUGUCAGUUUAAAAAAGAAAGGAGUGUUUUCUUUGUUUGCUUACGUGUUUGAAAUUACUUUGUCAGAGAGAAAAUCUCAGAUUUCAGGGAAACUAGUAGUUAAUGCGUCACUCCCCUGGAUACUGUCCACUCUAUGUAUGUCAUUGUUUAUUGUGCUGUGGAUUAUUCAAGACCUAAUGGAGAGUUGAAAUUGGAUCUUACUGGAUAAUGCUCAUGUAGCACUGAACAACAGAUCAGUUUAUCAAGAGUGUUGAGUUAUUGUAUAAGGUGUUAAAGCAAAGGGGUUGAAUAAAUAAGGAAGCAUCAAAAAGUGUAGCUGAAGCUUCAGAAAUGCGUGUUGAUGCUCUUUUGUAGGAUGAUGAUUCUGUUCAUGUAUUUAUUUCCCAAUAACUAAUGAUGAACCGUAAAGAUGUUACAAAAAAUAUAUUUCCAGGUUGUUUAAAAGGAAAUCUAAAUUCAAACUAACAGUGCAGUCUAAGAAAUGAGAAAAUUCAACACAAUACAAGAUCACAGAGUCUAUAGGUAAAAACGUCAAAUUGGUUUGCAGAAUGUGGUUAAUGCUACCAAUGUUAGCACCACCAGUUGGCCCUAGGUCAUCUGAUUUAGAAGUAAUCCUGUUGCCAAGUACUGAGGGUGAUAACCUUAAAUUGUUUUGUUCACUAAACACACUCAUCUCCAAUACAGACAUAAUGGUGUGUAGAUUUGCAGGAGUAGCGGGGCUGAGGACCAUUUGGGAAGGUUCACUGUCCUUUUUUAAUGGAUUUCAAGUCCAAAAACCUUUCUAACACUGGAAAUAUCCUUUGUAAGAGGACAACUGCAAUGAAAUACUCCCCUAUUAUUUGAAAAAAGCACAGUCCAGCUCUGCCUUCAAUCUCCUCCUGAUUUCUGUGGCUUUGGCAGAGCUGUUUCUUACAGCGCUAAUGAUGAUGACAGAGGUCUUGGCAACAGUUAUUACGAAAAGGAAAACAUGACAGAACUUCCUGCGCUGAUUGAUCCUUCUCCCUUGCCUCCUCCUUUUUUCUCCUCUUCUAUUCCUCGCCCUAAACAAUACAACAGCGAGCUGAUGGGCCUCGUCUCAUUGGAGCGGUUUUUGAUUGGCAGCCUUUCCUCCACACCUGUUGGAGUGAUUGACAGCCAGCGGGACAUCCUUAUUACAUCCUCAUCCCUCCAUCCCACCCCACCAGCACCCAUCCUUUCCUCCAGUCAGUAAUUGCUGACAUUUAUGCAGUGUUUCAUGGUGUUUGCUAAUGUAUUAAUGCUGCCGAGCCUUGGAGGUGGUUUGCCUUGUAGGCCAGCACCUCCCUCCAUUUCCCAGCUGGCAUUAAUGGAAUCCUUCUCUACCUGAUAGAGGCCUAUGAAACCAGGGGUUUAUUUAGGCAGGGCCAGGUGGUUUCCGUAGCAACAGGGCUCAGCUGUAAGCUCAGGCAGAGCCCCCCUCUCUUGUGUGAGUGGCAGCAUUCGGGUGACAUUUAGCAUCAAGUUAGUCUGUCUGUCUCAUUUUCUAUCUCCUCUGGCUGUUUUCAUUCUUUAUUUGGAGCUUGAAUUUUACCGUUUGAUGUUUGUUUUUAUUUGCAGAGGAGGAUGUUCAUUUCCAAUAGUUAGGCCACCUUUUAGACCCCUGCGAGAACACUUGAGUACAACGCCGUGGAAAAAAAAAACACACUUAAGAAAGAACCCUCCGUAGCUCUGUAUUUGUGUGUUUUUAUUUGCAAACACUAUGUAGGACUUCAGGUACUAAUCAGAAGAGAUUUAUCUCCAGUGAAGCUGAGAGGAGCCUGGAACAAGGAAACCAACAGGUGUUAGGGAUGGGGCACACUUGGUUGAUCUUUUUCCCUACUCUUCUCUUGAAAUAUUAUUUUUCUAUUUAAACAAAUUAUUUCACCAAAGCUUUGUUCUCUGUCUGUCCCCUUUCCUAUCAAUGUCCUCUCUUCCAAGCCCCCCCUCUCAUAGUUCUUCCCUUUCUCCAUCAAAGAGAAAGUGCAGUAAGGUGGUGCUGUGGUUGUGGUUGCCUUCAGUGCAGCUGUCAGUAGUAAUUAUCUCACACUCACAGCCAGACACCUAAUCCAAACACUGCCUACACUAGAAAAGAAAAAAAAAAUGAAACACAAAAAAGAAUGAAGGGAGAGAAAGAAGGGAAGAGAAGGAAAGAAAGGGUUGAAGAGGGGAGGGAGAGAGGAGGGAGGGGAUAAGAGAGAGAGAAAAUUCUUUCCCUGUAUCGGCCCCUGAAUGCUUAGAGCCUCAGUGCAAGUGUUAAUUAAAAGAAUCCAAAAAAGAGGAGCCAGCUCCUUUGUGUGGAGAUGUGGGAGAGGGUCAUUUGGGGGGGUUAACCUCAUUUCCCCACCCCCUGUGCCCUACGGCGCUUCGGCCUUGUUUCCAUGUUUUACCACUGAGCCGCCAAGCUGCACUUGUGUACCUCAACAUCAGAAGAAGCCAUCGGGUCAAAGCGAGGAAGAGGAUUGAGGGGCACUCAACUCAUUUUUUUCCCUUUUCACUUCCCCUCCUUGCAUCCCUGUCAGAACAAACCCUCUAGGCUGUCUUUGACAGGGGAAGUGAUCAACUUUAUUUAUACACUUAUUAGGCCCUCAGUCCAAAGCCUCUCAUUGUGAGUACUUGGGGUAAAGGGUUUAUGGGAUCCUCUCGGCAGCCGCUGUUGAGAUUCUCACGUUUGAUUGCCACUCGAUUUGGGAAUAGGCAGAAUAGACUUGGGGCCUUGCCUUCACAUCCCUCAGGCUAAAAUCCUGUGUGUCUUUGUUGGACUCAAAACGCACAACCAGCUCUGAGCACUAAUUUAAAUCUCAGGCUUGGUACCCAUCAUGUCUUCAAUGGCCAUGGUGUUUCUUUCUUGUAAAGGAAGAAUUCAUCGUGUAUUUUUUUUACUUUAACUGUUGGAAUUGAGUAUUUUGUUCCCUUGUUUAGAAAAGUUUGCUUUAAAAAAAUAUGAAUGACUGAAUGAUCUAAUAAACAGCACACUAAAUUACUUAGAGUUAAAUUACAGGUGCAAAGAAGAAGCAAUUCGGUUAAGUGUUCUUCGUAGGUGUUCCUGGGAUACUCAGCUGUCCUCUCUGUGACUGUUAAAACAGCGCGCAGAUCCAAGAGUUCACUCCCAAACAACUGGUAAUACACAAGAAAUACAAUAUGUUUCUCCUAUUAUAUAAGUCUUCCCAUCCGUUACUGUGUCCGUGCUGGCUUAAUGUUGUAAAACCCUGAGGGAAAAGGUGUAAAUUCAACGAGAACCAAAAAUCAUAUUGUCAUAUAUGAUUUUAAUAUGUUUCAUUGUUGACUUGUCCCUUAAGCGCUGAUGUCAUUCUUGGUUCGAGAAGUUUCAGCGUGGCGUGGCAGUCUAGCCACUGCUUUUUUUGAGCAGUUUUCUUUGCUUAAGACAACACAGAGGAGGAAUACUCAUCAGGAUAUUGUUCAUUCUUGAAAUGUCAGGGGAAAUACAGCGUUUCUCAUAUUUCCCGCUUAAUCGGUUAGCUGGUGGGAAUUUAAGGCGUAGUGCUUUUUAUUAUAAUCAGUAUAUGCCUUGACAAUUUUUUCAAAGUUUCGACAAAUUAUAAAGUGUUUUUGGCUCUUCUGGGAAUCCUAGAGAGCAGUUAAUAAUAUAUCAAGAUAAAGUGCACGUAUGAUUAACCGAAUUUAAAGAAUGAAACUGUUGCGCCAAGGGUUUGACCAAAUUAAUAAAAUACCUGUAUCACAGUAUUUCAGUUAAGUUGUUAAUGGAUUCAUUUAAACGUUGAUGAUCUUUUAGUUGGUUGGUUGAAUUACACAUCUGAUAAAUCAAGGCACUUUGUCACAUGGCAAAGUUAAGCUAUAUUUGCCAAAUUUCUAUCAUCUUAUUUACUGUAUUGUUGUCAUAUUGCUAAGUACUGAAUGCAGCUCAACUUUUGUUUGAAUAGUUUUGGCCACAGCUCACUGACUUUCAAACCCUGAAAAAUAAGGUAGACUGAAAAGAUAAGAGAUAAUAGACACCAGAUAUUUCAGCUCUUAUCAGCACCAGGUACACAGCAGGACUCACUUAAAUCCACGGCACUGACAAGGUCUGGUGGUUACACUGUUCUCCCCUGCUAUAGAGACUGAGGCCAGCUUUAUUUUGAAAAAGAGACACAGACAAAUUCCCUGCAGUCUGUGUAGUCCUUUCAGGCUCAAUUGGCGUUGCAUGUAAUCGUCUCUUGAUUCAGCUAUGUCCAGCUGCUCUUUGUGUGCCUCAGCACCUGACAAUGGAGCAGAUCACAGGAUCUCUGCAGGGGGACGAGCAGCUUCUUUGCCUCUUAUCACACCAAGCCUGCCUGACCGGCUAUAGGCUUGUUGUUUAGAAGUUCACUCUCCCAGAAAAGUACUCACAUGAGAGGUUUCACUCUUCUCUUAACAAUUAGCAUGUCACUGAAAUAUAUUGUGACAAGUGUCCUUCUAUAAAGGUUAUUAAACUGUGAUAUGUCUGUUUGGUUACACACAGCUGUUUAACAACAAGGUAUCUUCAGUUUCACACAAUUUCCUGGCAGAUCCUCGCCUGUAUUGUUGGUGUCCCUUGGGCUUUCUGCCAGGAGACACCAUCGAUAAUGAGUCCCCACUGAACACUGACAUUUUCAGUCCUGGCUUUGGAUUUGGUAGCUCAUUAGUCAGGUGUUCUCUUACUACUAACCACUAUCACACUGACGACAGGUGAACUGAAAGCUCAUCAAGGUCCCCUUAUCUGUGAGAUUAACCGUUUGCGUUUGAAAUCCAUAAAAUCAUUCAAUACACAAUCUCUGCUUCUGCCUAAUCAAGUUCAGUCUGAUCAUUAGAAACUUCUCACUGAAACUUAACAGUAACUUUAAGCUGACAAACAUAUGGCCCAAGACCUCACUCUAGUGGUUCGUUUUGCUCAUUAAACUUCACUUAUUCUGUCUUUUUUUAUGUUUUCUCUCUUUUUAGAUGACGCUAGCUGUCUCUGGCAUCAGCUAUCCUUGCCAUCACCUCAGUGUUUGUAGAAGGUCCUCACCAGCCAACUCCCAGGAGCCCACAGAAGAGGUUUAUACACACGCAUACUCUAAGAAUCUAAGCUGUGGAUUAAUUUCUCCCUCUGCUGCUAACUCAUAAAACAUGGAAAGGAAACGCAUCUGUUAAUUAGAUGUUUUAAAGUAAGUCUAAAUCAUUUUUGUCUACAGUGUGCAGAUGUCCAUAUGGUCAGUGACAGCGAGGGAGAUGAUUUCGAGGAUGCAUCCGAGUUUGGUGUGGACGAUUCAGAGAUGUUUGGAAUGGGCUCCUCUACCUGUCGGAAAUCACCAAUGAGUACGUCCAGCAGAGCGUCUUAAUAAUACUAGAGAAGAGAAAAGUGGAAUAAAUGCGGCUCUAUCUGCUUUACUUAAACUACUUCCAAAUCUUGGCUGAAAGGUGGCUUUUUGUCUCCUGCAGUGCCAGAGAACAGUGAGAACGAAGCUGAUGCCUUACUGCACUUUACUGCCGAAUUUUCCUCAAGGUAAGCUCAGCUUUGCAUUUAUCUUAUAUUGAUCCAGAGAUGGCUAUAACGCAUUUGUAUGUUCAAACACUGAUUGCUUGAUUAUAUCCUGUAGAUAUGGAGAGGCCCACCCAAUGUUCUUCAUUGGGUCUUUGGAGGCAGCCGCUCAAGAAGCCUUCUAUGGUAAAGCCAGAGAUGUAAGUAUCAGCUGUUUGGAUUCUCAUAGGAGUGUGUAUAACUUUUGGAGAUACUGUAAUGGGAAAGAAAGUCAUAUUUUUCUUGGUCUUGUUAUAUUCCAAACACUUUUAAUUUUGACUUUGUAAGAUAUGAGGUUCUGAUGUUACCACUGUUGACUUUUCUUUAGCACUGAUAUCAUCCUCGCUCGGUGUAGUUCAGCUGCUACUUUUUUUUUUUUUCAGUUUUCUUUGCUUAAAACAACACAGAUGAGGGACACAGACUGAGCAGGAUAUUUAAGUUCUCUAUCAAGGGAGAUACUGCGUUUCUCAUAUCUUCUCCUUCAUGGCUGAGCUGAUGGGAAUUUUAGGACACAGUGUUCACUAAUUCACACCGUCUCUUCUUUAUAUGGCAAGGAUCUUUUUGUUCUAAGAAGAAGAGUGAGGAAGAGGUCAUUAUGUUACUUCUCGAUGUAAAUGCAAUGUUGGGAUGUGAUAUAACAGAGAGUGGGGACCCUAUCAGGGAUUUGGUUCUUGUCGGCAUAAUUCUGUUCUGUACUGACGACCAGGAGGAAUAAUGACUGUUUUAUUAGCAGCUGCGAAAUGAUCACAGCUCUCUGUUUUAAAAAGAUUGGGUUUGUUUAGGGAAGUCCAAAAAGUCCAGCUACAUAAUCAUAAGUCUGAUAUCUCAUCAAAUGUUGAACUAAACCUCUGAAAAAAGUCGUAGUUCUUCUACUGUGAAACUAUUGAUUUAGCAUGUUGCUAAGCUCUUUAUGCAUCUGAUCAUUUGUGUGCAAAGUGCGCGUCUUUGCUGUCUUUGUUCAUUUGCACCCCUUCAGUCUAAGGAGACGCUGUUUUUUGAAUCACAGAGCUCUUGUUUGUUUUACUGUGUGUGGCGCACACAGAAGCCUUUUUUUUAAGUUUGGAGUCAACUACAACUCUGUAACAAAGCUAAGCAGACAUCACGCCUCUGUACACUUACACUGUACUUUUCUGACAGCAUGAUACCAAUGUCCCAGCAGCGUGUGAUUCAGCAGUGUGUUACAAUUUUGUUGAAGCUUGAGAGGGAAGAUUUGUAAAAUCACAGCCAGAGCUCCUUCUGCUCUCUAAGUUACUUCUCUCUGCCAAACUGUAUUCUGAACAUUAGGGAUGCACUGACAUAUCUCAUGAACAUCGGUGUCGGCAAAUAUGCGAUGAUCUGACUUUAGCACAUCAGUAAAUCACGUGUCAUACAUCAAUGCCAGUAGCUGAUGUUUGUCUCUAUCGUCAUCCCACUGAAGUAAAUCUGGAAAGCUAUCACACCUCACAAGUCCCCUGCUGGACAGCUGAUUUAUUUUAAUGAUCAAACAUGAAGGUGUGUUCAGUAAGUGUGAAACUAUUACACAGUCACUGAGAAAGAUCAGCAUUUUAAAAUAGACUGUGUAUAGAAACAUAAUUUUUUAUGACUCAUUAAAAACGUCAGACACAAAAAGUACAAAGAAAACAUCUCUAUCAGCUAUCAGUUAGAUUUAUAUUUUAAACCUCCAUGUCAGAUUUUUUAUAAUCUGUGCAUCUCUAUGUUAAUAUAGACACUUCUGGGUGAGUGCUGUGGAUUGGCUCGGCUUUUAUCACUGAACAUCAGCACCGAUGGUGCAUUUAUGCAAAGCGGUUCGGCUCAGUACACACGUAUUUGAAUUUCCUUGUCAAAAGGUUACCAAAAUAACCGACCUGUGCUGUCCUAAUUUUUGGCACCAUCCUGUUUGAGAACUAAGUGUACCAAUCAGACCCUAGACUGCAAUGAGGGGGAUGGGGGUGGGAAUUGUACCUCUUCUUAACUGAUUCUAUUUGAUCAGUGCAUUCUGACUCUGGUUUUUUUUCCUAUCAGGGAAUGAUUUUGGGUGAUAUAAGCUGUCAGGGAUGCAAAGGGUUAUUUAAUUUACACACUGACACAAAGAAUCAGAAUCAGAAUGCCCUUUAUUGUCAUUAAACUGAAGUACAACGAGAUUGGAGAGCUUCUCCAUUUCUAGCGCAAUAGAUAAGUUAAAAAAGGGGAAAAAAACAAAAACAGAAAUAAAAGGUAGAAAAAAUAGAUACAAAAUGUGUACAGAAUACAAAACAUAGACAAGAUAAAAUAAAAUAAAAUUCUUCAUAGAGAUAGCUGCAAAGGAAGAGAGAGAUCACAAAAGACAAAAUAUUUCAAAAGUGAAUGUAAUUCAAUAGUUGACCCUUGGCCCAGCCUUCAGUUUGUUUUUUUCUGGGUAGUUUUGGAAAGAUCAGCAUGCUCAUGAAAAAAAAAAAUUAGGUGAGAUCUGCUGCUCAUGACGAGGGUCUGAACAGUUUUUUCUGUUGACAUGCACACAAAAAAAGUGACACCAUUCUGAGGUCCAGACACUGCCUGCGUGAAGCACCAGGGUACUGUUUGCUAUAGACGAGCAAGCCAGAUCAGGGUUUACUUUACCAAACUAUACCCUACUGUACUGAACCAAACCAGACCCCUUGGUAGAAAUGCAACACAAAAUUCAAUAUGAGGAAAUAACCGAUCUUGUAACUGUUAAUUGGAUUUUACUUUGUAGCUCUUAAAGAGACAUCAGAAUAAAACAACACUAUUUCAAAAUCUUCAGUGCCUUUAAAUUGUGUUUACUGUUAUUGAUAUAUCCUCUCUAUCAUGCUGUACUGACAAGGCUCUAUAGGCACUUGGAUAUGAUUUCAUCAAAUCCCUCAUCAAAUUUUCGACCCGACAGCUGAGGCUUUAUUUUUAGCUGUCCACUUCCCACCAUGUUUUUUGGCUUUUGUCCUUUUUAAGGAUGCUUGUAUCAACUGACAGCUUGUGUGGAUUACAGCCUUAUUAGACUGGGAGGACACAGCACGAUGUUAGGGGGGUUUCACAUCACCAGGCGCACAAAGCGGGAGGGAGGGAGGGAAUGGAUGAUAGUAGGGGCCCAAAAUGGGCAACAUGGUGUGAAAGGAAAAGAGGAUGCAAAAGUGGGAGAGAAAGAGUGAGGGAAAAAGUGAUGAAGGAUGAGGGUAAGUGAAUGGAAAGAGUGUUAAACAGGAGAUGGAAAAAACCUUACGAGAAGCUUGGCGCCUCGCCUGCUUCCCAGCUGAUCUCCUCUCCUAAGCCAGCACAAUAUGGCCGAUGUCUCCCUGGUGCUCACACACUCUGUACUGUACUACUGUGCUCUAAGCAGCACAGGGGCGAAAUAGUAUUCAUUUUCACUGUAUUGUGUUUUAUUCUGGGUGAGCUUGAUUUAGUCUGCCAACUGUGCUGUGGUUAAAAUGGCUUUGGUUAAGCUGAAUAUGUGCAAAGAAUUUUGCGUGAAAACAGAAGCUUUUUGAUCUGUUGCGUGUUUGUCCUGGUUUGUCUAAAGCAUCCCCGACAACAGGCCAAAACAUGCUGCUUUUGACGCUUUCAUUACACAGUAGCAUAUGUGCCUGAUUACUCUGUCCCCUCUUCCAUCCAGCCAGCCAUCCUGUGCUUUGCCCUCCGCUUCCAUUUGAAAAGGAAUCUAGUUUUUGUGUCCUCAUCGCAGAAAAGGCCUACUUCAUUAAGGGGAUAUUGGAAUAGGGCUGAUUUGACUGAAGGGGGAGUACUCAGCGGGUUUAUAAACAGAGGAAUCAGUCUCACUCUCUGAAAGCCUGGGAGAGGCUAAUCACUAAGCAAAACACAACAUUUGAUGAAGUGUUUCUGAAGGUGUGUGUUGAAGGACUGUUGAGAUAGACUCAAUCCAUCCUUAAUGAAAAUGCUUUGGGCAGCAGAGCUGAGCUGAGCUGAGCUCAACCCUCUUGGGGAUCAGUGGUUAGUCAGAGCGCGCAGAGAGAUAGGCCACCCAUCACUAACCACGAUCCCCACUAAAUCCCCAUCAACGCAGUGGUUAAUCACUCUAACCCCGCUCUCCUUCGCUCUCCGCGCCUCUCUCCUGUCUGCCACACACAAAGACACAUCAAAAUUCAUAGCCUUGCUGGAGAGGUUCAGGGAUUUAUCACUGCCAAGUAUCUGCUUUAAAACCCAGCUUCAGCUUCACGGAGGAAAGAGGAAAGAGCAUUGGUGAAUCUGAACGGCAUAUGGCAUGUAGGUGAAUGUGUUUCUGUCAAAUCUAGGGAUGAAUAUCAGAAGCAGAAAUUCAGUCAUGCUUUAUUUACUGCACCUGAAGUAGAUAGAUUAAGAUCUUAAUGAACUUAGAGUGUCCGUAUACAUCUUUUCAUACAUUCUGAUUGAUUUACAUGUAUUUAUUUUAUACAGAUUCUAGGAUCUAAAACAGCUAAAAGCUUUAAGCACCUCACAGAAAUCUGGUAUUUGUAUGAGCUCCUUUUCACAGAGAGCCUUGUUUGUUACAGCUACGUCUUAACAUGUUUUCAGACUAGCACCCUGUGUGGUUGGUCUCCCGUCUUGACUUUAUUUUCUUGAAUGUGUUCAUGGUCUUUAGAUCAGUCACUUGAUCUCUUCAUUUUGAAGUGUUUGCUUUUUCAGACUGAGCCUGCCAUCUGUGGAAAUGUCACUAUCUGGACCUCCUCUCUGUCUGUCCUCCCCUCUGUACCUGUCAGUGUUCAUUACAAUCUCACUCUUUGGCCCCUCUUACAGCAACUGCAUGUUCUUGAUCUGCUACAAAUCACAUGCACACAAACAGGUUUUUGAUUUAUUUUUAGUCAUUAAAGCAUCCAAGUCUCCAAAAUAGAAAAAUAACCCCGGACUACACAAAAGUGACAAACAGCAUAUCACAUUUAUCUGUGUGUUCUAAGUAUUUAAUCUGCUGCUUCAGAGGAGUGUUGGGAAAAGCUAAAAGAAAUAUAAAGAGAUCCAUCACUCUUCGACUAAGACCUGGAUGUUUCAUAAAGACAGCAUUUCCUGCAGUUUUGAGACAAGAAGGGCUGUUUAAUCCUAGAUUGUGAUAUGAAGUUUUCCCUUAAAUGCAAAGACUCCUCCGCAGCUUUAUGUGAAACGUCAUCACAGACAAAAGCUCUCUGUGGAAUCGUCAUAGACAUAAAUAUGUUUCAGACACGACUGUUGUGCUUACGUCAUUAGGUGUAAAAGACUGAUCAUUUUGCUUAUGCAGCACUUUUCAAAAACAAAUUACAAAGUGCUUAACAAUUAAAAAUAUUUCAGUUGAACAGAAAUCAAACACAAGGUAGUUUAAGUCACCGUUAUAGAAAAGGCUGUAUCGAAACGUCUUUCUUCAGAUUUUUUGACAAAUUGAUAUUUUAAAGGUCUUACUCCAACUGAAUUUCUUUGUAAAAAUUUCAUGUUUUAAACCAGUUUUCACCUUUGAAUAUGGCAGCUGUUGUACUCUACCUAUAUUCUGUUAUGAAUGGCGCACCUUUAUCUCCUCCCACUGUAAAAAAGUGAGGCCUACAUUUCACCUGGAUGGAUACUAACAUAUAUUACACCGUUGGCGCAAUAUGGUGUCCAGGCGUGUGAGAAUAGGACCUGACUGGUGGAGCAUCAAACCUUUUCCGCUAACCAAAGCACACGUUUGACUUACUGGCAAAACAAAGAGGAUACCUUAGAUUGUGCUGUGACUAUAGUAAAAAUUUUCCAAUGUUCACCAUUACUCGGUGAGUCUUUGUUUUACACGUAAAGCUUGUAUUUAAAAAUAGAGUCAUCAACCACACCGUCCCUUCCCUCCCAGAAAAUAAAAGUGAACUUCUUAAAAAAAAAUAACACAGGAUUAUGAAACAGCAUGAUGAGAAUAAACUGCUUUAAGAAACAAUUAAUUCAGAAUUUAUUUGACAUGUAUUUUUAAUUUAUUUGAAUCAUGUCCUGUUUGUUUUAACAGAGGAGACUUUCUGAUCUAUAAUUGUGUUAGUCACCAGGGAAGGAGGAGCAUAGAUAACUAUUACACAUACUUGGCAGUAAGAAAGUCAUAACCAGGAAAUGGUUGAAUAAGGAGCCCCCCACAUUUACCAAAUGGGAAGAAAUCGUCAAAGAAUUUAAUUAAAUUUUUUUUUUAAUUUAACUUUUAUUUAACCAGAUAAAACACUCUGAGAUUUUGAUCUCUUUUAAAAGGAAGAACUGACUUUUUCUCUAAGGCAUACAACCAGAAAAGUGAAAAAAUAGUGGGAGACUCCGCAAUGAGAUAUUUAUUUGUCAUUGUGAAAUGCUUUGUGUCUCUCAUAAUAAGGGGAAAAAAACAAUGGUGGGGGAGUUCUGUUGGGCUGUCCAUGUUUCUUUACAGUCUAGUUAAGAACAGUAUUUGACAUGGAUGUGACGAUGAUUUACGCCAUAUCAAAUCUACAACUGAAGAGAGGGAAACACUGAUUGUACAGUCAGAUCUAAGUCAAUGUGAAAACUGUGCUAUACUCUCUCUCUCUCACACACACCGGAGCACAAAGCAUGCUCAGAUUUAGGUGAACAGGUGUGAAAAGGGCUGUAGGGUCACUAUCUAGCUCAGGUUGGACCUAGUAAUUUAGCUGAACAGAGGGAUUUUCUCCUCCCUGCUAAGACAGGCAACACAAAAGAUCGGACUUGAAAGCAGAGAGGGAACAGAGGGCUACAGACAGUUUAACUAAGAUGAAGGAGUUCAGUUGGCCAAAAUACCCACUUUGAUUAGUCUUUACACUUGCUCUAAUUGAGCAUGCAUGUGUGGAAGUCCCUUAUUUUUGGGUACCUUGCAGUUAAAUUUGCGCAUGUGUGUUGGGCCAUCAGCGUUUUAGCGUGUAUCAGGUUGUGUUUUUUUUUGUUUUUUUUUUUGUAAAACUCUCCCUCCCCUUCACACUCAUUCCUCUCUCAAGACUGAAUUUGCUUGUCUUCUCAGCAUGAGUGUUUAAUCUUUUCAGGCCGUUGAAUUGGCCCAGUGAAUGAGUCCCCGGCUCUUUCUCUCUAGGAGCCCUGGAGAUCAUUCUAAAGCACUAAUCGUUGAGCAAACACAGCAGUGCUCUCCCAUUCCCAUUCUACAUAGGCCACAGUAUAGCACAACUUCUUCUUUCACUUCCCCUCACGUUUUACGCCCUGUGUAGAUUUUUUGCUUUUUGGCGUACGUAGCCUAGAUUACCACUCCUGAGAAACAGACCUCUUGACUCCCCCCUCACAGCCAUGGUUAAAAAUGCACUCAGUGGAGGCUGGGCGAUUUUUUUUUUUAUUUUACUUAUUUGUUCUUUUAUAGCAAGAGAAGUGACAUGUAAUUUAGAGAGCAUUAUUUCCAACAUUGUCCCCUGGAACCUUUUAUGUUUGUGGGUGUGUUUGUUUUUUAAUUAGAUUGUCAGUAGGGAGAAUCUGCCAGGCUUAUAUGAUGGUGUCAAUAUCCUCGGAUUUGGAGCUUCGUCAAUAUUGUCUGGCCCUGCCGCUACUAACCUGAACAGGCUGCUGGCAUUUGGUGUAAAAUAAAUAGAGUGAUUUGUCUGUUUUGUUUUCUCCAUAUCUCCGUCGCCUCCAAGAGAAGUUUUAUUUACACCGCUCCCCAUUUGAUUUUGCGUGGUAUUUGCUUUUUUGCCAGUUGUGGCCUUGCUGUGGUCUGUGGAAGUCAUGCUGGAUCUGUACCCAGUGGUCCCUCAUGUCAUUUUAUGGUCAUAGAGUGUGGAAAUUUCUCUCCAGUGAUGGGACACCUGCUCAUGGCACAUAACAGAUUGGCCAAAAAGCAUUUUUUUUUCCUUUGUUGAGUCCUUUUUACCUAAAGUUAACAAAAGUUUUGUAUUGAUUUACUAAAGUCCAACAGACUAUUACAUGUUUUGUUUCUUCCAGUGCCGAAUCCACCCCCAAUAAAAACAAAAAAAUCAACUGCCUCUCCGCUUUGAAUCAGUGGCACAUUUUGCUCUCACAUUUUGUCUUCACCUCUUACUGUCCUCUCUUGUUUCCUUUCUACCUCUCUUCACAGAGAAAGCUGCUUGCCAUCUACCUCCACAAUGACGACAGUGUUCUCAGCAACGUCUUCUGCUCCCAAAUGAUGUGCGCUGACUCUAUCGUCUCCUACCUGAGCCAGAACUUCAUUACAUGGGCCUGGGAUGUCACUAAAGAAGCUAACAAAGCCAGGUACAAGUGUCGACCAGAGGGGUGUUUACUUUCAGAGAGGGUUGGGGUCAAAGAGCUGCAGGUUUUUUUUUGGUUGUAUUUUUGUCUUUAAUUACUGUUGUAGGUGAAAGAGACGGUAGCACUUUACUUGACGCCUAUCUCUAUAACGCAUCAUAAAUAUAUUUGUAAUUUGUUAUGGUCACGUUAUAGCACUGUAUAACUAUAGUUAUAAACACUCAUAAAUGAUCAUAAUGCUUUAUAGCAAUUAUGAUAACGCAUUAUAAAGCAUUUUGAUUAUGACUUAGAAGGUCAAGUAUCAUAAUGUGUUAUAACUGUUAACAACAGCUGCAUUGCAUUAUCUAUGUGGGCAUUGUCAGUGAGUUGUUAACAGUUAUAACACAUUAUGAUACCUGACCUUCUUAGUCAUAAUCAAAAUGCUUUAUAAUGUGUUGUGAUAAUUGCUAUAAAGCAUUAUGAUCAUUUAGGAGUGUUUAUAACUAUAGUUAUACAGUGCUAUAACAUGAUUAUAAGAAAUUACAAAUAUAUUUAUGAUGCGUUACAGAGAUAGGCAUCAAGUAAAGUGUUACCAAAGAGACAUAAAAAUUUAAAUAGGCUUAGUCAACUUUCUAUUAAAAAAGAUAAUUUGAUUCAAUGUACCAUGACUGAAGAGAAAAUACAGUCAGUUUUAUAAUGCAGAUAAAAGGACACAAUAAUAGGGAUGUAAUUUGUGUACAGUGGUCUUGCUUUAGAAGACAUUAACAUGAUUAAAUCUGUAUAAAAAGUCGAGUUUAAACAAGCCGCUUUAUUUGAUCCACACAAUUAUCCCUAUCUAGAAAUGGAAUAGCACAUGUAUUCAGUUUUAUUACCAGGUCUUUUACGUGUCAUGGUGAGGCUAUUGAGUGAACAGAUUUAAUUACUAAAAAUUAUUUGUUAAAAAUGUAGAAUGCCCAUCUUACAUAGGAUAUACCCUUUGCGGGCGCUGGAUUGGCUCAGCAGUUGAAUUGAGCCCCUCAUGGUUGGAGGCUGUAGUCCUCGACACGGUGGACCAGGGUUCAACUCCCGCCCUCAGUCUUUGCCCCAUGUCGUUCUCAUUUCUCUUUUCGCUUAUUGACUCUAUCCACCUCCAUAUUUUCUCAAUAAAGGCAUGAAAAACCCCAAACUACUCUUAAAAAUAUUUAUAUAUAACCCUUUGGACUGGCAGCUCUCAAAAUUAUACGAUGUUUAGCGUUGAAUUUUGCCCGGCGUAAAGUUAUGCAGAGCAAUAACUGAACCUCCACACAGUCACUGCAUGCUUAAUCCUUAUGUUUUAUUUAUAUGAGACUUACUGUCUGGUGGAGUGGACUGUUUGCAUAGUCUAUUGUAUCUCAUAAAGAGGGUAUUGAAUGUGUUUCAGUGGGAGAGCACUUGAUUGUGUGCAGAGGCAUCUGCAAACUGCCAGAAUGUCUUGUCCAGGACGCUCUGUCUAGCUCUCUUGUAUCAUUUUCUUUGCGUCAACCUGAUACCUAAAGUUAUUUGUAUUUUUAUUUAUUUGUUUUUUUUUUAGCUUUUUGACAAAGAUCUAAAUUGUGUGAACAGAGCAUUAUUCGAAACAUAAACAGCAUUUCCAAGUCUUUUCUGCACCCGGGCGCGCAUGUCCUUAAUUGCUGGCAUUCAACUCUCACUCACAUGCUGAAUUUCUGUCUGCUCAUUCCCUCAUCUACUUCAUUCUCUGUUUUGAAUUUCGGAGGUUGCAUGCUAACAAAAGGCGUUGUGUUUGUAUGGUGAGGCCCCUGAUUGGGCAAUCUUGACUAAGCUGUCUGAAAAGAGGGUCAGUGGGAGACGACAGACUUCUUUGGAGUCCAAACAUCUCUAUCUCUCCAUUUAUGUUGGAAGUGCGAGUGCAGCUUCAGCAGAAUGUGUCAAUUACUGGCUGAUCUGUGUUACGCCAUUUUAUCUUACUGAGAUUCAUGCCUUAUGUUUGGUUGUUUAUUUUAAAUAUUGGACAUAUAUGUGAAAAUUUUUAAAAUAGGUGAUCAGGAUUUGCAGAACUGGGCGUGGAGCAGCUAAAGGUUUAACUUUAUUCGCUUCCUUUGUGCUCUAGUAAAACCUCAUAUUUCUACUCGCCUCUGCUUACCUCUCUGCUGCAUCUUUUUAGUAUUCACUCUUCUCUUCGCUUUCCUGAUGCUUCCAUUAGUCUUAAUUUAUAUUUUCUUUAACCCACUACAUCUUUCUUUCUCUCUCUCUCCCUGGAACGUCCAGAGUUAAGCCUGCCCUGUGGUAGCAGCCAUUAAAGAAAGUCUCACACUCUGACCUCAGCCCUCUAUUAUUUCUUUUAAGGAAAUAACCUCCUUCCAUCAUUCCGCUCUCCUUUCUUUCUCGUUGGCCUCCUUUGCUUUUUGCCCCAGCUGAGCCUUUUUAUUGCACAUUAAAAAGCAGGCAACAUCUGGAGCUUUUCAUCACACACAGCUAGUCACAGCUUUGCUGCUGUCGUGUGUGUGCACGCUCGCUCGCUCACACACACACACACACACACACACACACACACACACACACACACACACUUGGUGUCUCCGCAUUCUCACGCUCCCUGGCUGAUCCAAAGUGACUGUUGAUUGGCACCAGUCACACAGGCUGUUAGAAAAGUAUCCUGAUUGUGUAUUUGUGUGUGAUGAACCCGCUGAUAUUGGAAUGUGCCUGUUGCUUGGCUCUCUAUUCUCUCAGGCCUCCCAAUAGUAUGAUUAAUUAUGCAUAAAUGCAGUUCCGCCGAUUAGAUGCCAGAGUAAUUGUCGUCCCAUGGGAAAUGAAUCUGAUAUGUCAUACUGGCACUGUACUAAUAUUGCACAUAGCAAAUGUUGAAACUAUUGUAGAUAAACACACUGAAAGAAGAAAAUUUAACAUCUAUAUGUGUUAGUCAUGAUCUGCCAAAUCUAUUACACACUCUCUAACACAAUACAAGCACCUUCAGAAAGCGAACUUAAUUUUCUUCAAAAUCCUGUUUGUUAAAAUUUGAAACAACAUCAACACAAAGCAAAAGUUAAAUAUUUAAGCAGUAGAUAUGAGGAAAUAUUCAGAGUUACAAGCAUUGCAUGGUGCCAUUUUACAGCAAUUACAGAUACUGUAAUCCUUUACCACGACCCUUUGCUGCACAGCUUCCCCCCUCUUUCUUUUCCCCUCAUUUGUCGUCUAUCUGUAGCUGUCCUAUCCUUAAAACCAGAAAUGCCUUUAGACAGACAGACAGACAGCCAUUGCUUUCUUGCUCAGUAAGUUAAGUACACAUAGUCUUUUUUGAUGGAGGCUUGAGUACAGCGGCAGUGCUUUUACACCAUUUUUGGGGUGUCAAGCAAGCUAUCAGUUAUACUCAUAUUAAAAGUUUCAAGUUAAUUGAUGGCAUGUCACAGGCACCAGCGCUGUGCAAAACAUUAAACACAACAUACAAACACAGAGAGUAUGAUUUGUAGCUACUGUGCACCCUGCUAUGUUUUUACUAAUCCUGGUUAAUUUUUAUAACACGUUGCAAAUUCAGGCCUAGCCGUGGGCUUACUCAAGGAUUUCAACACCUCCACAUUGUCACACUGUAGUUAUCCAGCAGUACAAAGGUUCAUGUUGUUGGUUAAGAGUUAUUAAAUGAUCAUUGUUGUCAAAACCUUUCACAGCAGUGACAAACAAAUGUGUAGACUCAGUCCUUCCACUUGACUUCUUCUUUUGACAUCCUGCGAUGUGAAAAGUUGACUGGCUGAGAGGGAGAACAUAAUGUCAUUUUCAUAUCAAAACAUGUCCACGUUCUCGGUGAAACAAAGUGUGUUUGACACAGUGAACGAUCACAGCAUCCGGUUCCCAUACACACUCCCAUACAGGUGGCUGGUAAAAACAUUCCCUGCAGUGCUACUGUUCUAACCUGACUCAUCAGGUGCUCACUGAAGUGAAUGUCAGGUCUAACAAGUCUACUCGCCUCGUCACGCACCACACAUGGAUGUGAAGAAAUGUGACGUGACAGCCCAGAGAAACAUUAACUAUUUUAGCUGUCUGGAUUUGCAGCCAGAGAUGGAGAUGACGACAAAUUAGAAGCUGUCAGUCACAUUAACAGCCCAAGCAGAGUCUCAAACACACAUUGGCUGUACGUUUGAGGCAGGUGUUUCCUCUACACCUGAAGGACUUAAAGGCCACAGGUCUGGUACAGUCUGGACUACAUUCUUCACCAUGUUAUGAUAUGGCUGAAUGAGACCGUGCUGAACUGUUCACCUCAUCCUGCAGUGGCUUGACUUCCUCCUGGCUCCAGUGUUGUGUCUAUACUUGUUCCAUAGAUUGUUUUAAGUGCUUUAUAACCAGGUUACAGUAGUUCUGUCGUUCUUAGUGGCAGCGGAUUCAUCAAGGUUAAGGAUGUGUUUUUCUGUUUGGAUUAUGGCUUUUACUUUGGUGGACCCAAUGACUUCCUUGGUCUUCAGGUAGAAACCAAAGGAGGUGGUCUUGUGUUUGAAGGGAGCUUUGAGAUUGGGUUACCCCUCAAGUUAGUGUCCAUUGUUCCCUGGCCUUUCAUUACAGGUUAGAGUUUCCCCGUGAGCUAUUGUUAUGGUACGUCAGGCUCGAGGUCUGAACAAGGACAAAUGUCAGAACAAAAUGAUCAGUAGGAUUUAGGGUACCCAGCUUCAUUGCAAGAAAAAGGUCACACAGAGUUCAACAUUUUGAAAAAUUCAGUCUGAAAUAUAUUCCCAAAACAUUUUAAAUUCUGGUUAUGUCUUUGUCCUGAUGCUGUCACUCCCAAAAUUUAAACCUUUUUUAUCAGUCCCUCAUCCAUAUUUUGCACGUACUGGUACUUAUUGUCACUUAAAAAGUGCCAGGAUUACUUCAGGUACUCCCUCGUCUAGUUUUAGGAGUCUCCAAGUAGCUGGCUCAGCUUUGGCUUCAUGUUUUAAUGAGUUACACCCCCUCGCAGACAGCGUGCCUUCCAUCUAUCUUCUUCCCCUGACCCGCUGUCCCUCCAUCCAUUCCAUUACUUCUCUAUUUUACCAGGCAGUUAUUAAAGUAGAUCUUAUUAAAAGGCAGGAGAAAAAGCUAAUCUAUAUUUGCAUUCAGUCUAUAGCAAUUCAUUAAUAUUAUGACAUUUACAGGGAGCUUGGUGGGGCCCCGGCUGCCUGCUACCCUUUUCCCUCUCUGAAAUGUUAAUUUAAAAAGUUCUGUCUUUGUAAUGGAAUAAGAAAUCCUCUCCUGCCCUAUCAAUUCUGGGUGUCUGGUGAGGAAUACUAAUUCAUCUGCGGUUCUGCUAUUGAGAUAGCAUGUCACUCUGAUGGAAUAAGAAAAUGCAGAAUGGGUUUUAAAGUCCUUAAUGCCACGAGUUGUGUGUCUGUCCCUUCCAUAUAUGUCUCCUGUGUGUGUAUUAUGAUCAUCUGUGUUUGUGUGUGCUUUGUGCUGUAUAUCUUUGGUCACAAGCUGUGAAAUACACCAUUUGUUGCAAGAAAAUCUAUCCAAUGUGUGCAAAAGAUCAAAAUUUGAUUUUAAUUGUGUGAUGUGUGUGUUUUUCAGACUACUCACCAUGUGUACAAGGCACUUUGGCAGUGUGGUGACACAAACUGUACGGACAUACAAGACAGACCAAUUCCCUCUUCUUCUUAUAGUCAUGGGAAAACGCACAUCCAACGAAGUUCUAAAUGUUAUUCAAGGUAAAGAAAAAAGAUAAGACUUGCCUUUGUCAAUAUCUAAAACCAGUUUUCUCUAAAUACUGAGAAUAAAUGUGAAGCAGCUUUUCAUUCAUUCAUUCAUUCUUGAUCGUGACUUCUUUUAUAUCAUCAGGCAAUACGACAGUGGAUGAGCUGAUGAUGAGGUUAAUGGGUGCCAUGGAAAUCUUCACAGCACAACAACAAGAGGACAUUAAAGAUGAGGUAAGGAUUGAGAACAAUCAGAGUGUGUCUGACUGCAGGGAAACACAAAUGAUCUGCUAAGGAUCUCCAACAGCUGGUAAAGGCUUUAAAUAGUCUUUAAAGUAGCUGCUAGUUGACAAACAUUUUCUCAGCUUUAUUUGAUCAAACAUUUCAGUCUUUACAUUGUUGAAGAAGUUUAAUAACAGAGUCAUAACAGUGCACAGCCUACUUUUUGAACUGCACUCUAAGGGCCUGUGUCCACUGACAGUGAUUUUUGCUUGGGGACGCCUUUCACAAAACAAAUGCAGUUCACUGGUUUCAGCAUCCUGACUGCAACAACAACAAAAAAAUUCACUGCCCUCUUCACAAUGUAGGUUAAAAAUAGUCAAUCAAAGUCACAUAGAGGCAGGACUACAAUGAACAUCGAUGGCAGAUGUCGGUAUGGAGGUGAAACUAAUCCUACGAUAUGAAUUCUAUCCAUUAUUUUGACAUUUUCUUUGUUAAUACUGUUAAAUAAGAGCAAAUAAAUAAAGAAUUGGAAAGCAAACUCGGCAGUCUUUACCAGUGGAAGUGAAAGUCAAUCAAUCAAUCUUUAUUUUUAUAGCACUUUGUAUACAAAACAAUGUAGCACAAAGUGUUUUACACUGAAGAAUAAAAGAAUUAGAGAAUACCCAACUCUACCCCACCCCAUCCCUGCACUCCAAACAAAACAUCAGCGAGUUUUAAAAUGCACUGGCUUAAAAGAGCUUGCUUUAGUAAAAACAGGAUUAUGCAUACUGAGGAAACGCCAUCUUAGAAUUCAAGAUGAGGAAACAGUGAAGGUAAGGUUUAAAUAUAAAGACAAAGUGAUAUAAAUAUAAAAUGAAAGCAAAAAGAUACGAAAAUGAGAGCACCAGAAUAGCUCAAUAAAAGACAAUCCUGACAUUAAAACACAAAAUUAAGUUAAUGAUAUAAAAUUUAGUGAAAAGCAAGACUAAAAAGGUAAAAGCAAGACUAAAAAAGUGUUUCUGACGACUUUUGUAACCUACCAACACUAAGUGCUGGUGAGAAGUGCUUUGAAAUAAGGAUCAUGGGUGCUGCCAGUGCUAAAAAUGCAGCGAGUGUACACAGGCCCUAAAUCUUUUUGGUUUUGGUUGACCCCAGAACUUAAAAAGAGACGGAUAAAAGUUUGUACCUCAACCAGGAGCUUGACCAUUGUGCUCGUUUCGUUGUGCUUGUCACAUUGACGAUAAAAUUCUAUCUAUCUAUCUAUCUAUCUAUCUAUCUAUCUAUCUAUCAGCUGUUCUUAGAGGUCAGACCAGAGAGAGGUUAUUAUCUGAGUUGGAUGCUAUGACUUUAUGAAUUAACCCCAAGUUUAACAUUCUGCCCAGAGGGAGCAAUCAAUAUUUUUACACUGUUGCCAAUCCACAAUGACAAGAAGAGAACACUUGACCAUUUCCCCUCAUCACCUCACCUUACUGAGUGUUUAAUGUGCCGGCUACAGGUCUCUGAAUAGAUACAGGACUCAGGCUUGUCCCUCAUUCAUUCCAGUGUGCUGCUCUGUGUCUGUCGGCUAGCUCUUUGACUCCAAUAGAGCAGACAAACACCAUUGAGGGAUACAAUCCAUACAAAAAGUGAGUGAAGUGGAAGUCUUUCAUGUAUUAGGCAGGAAUCUGGGACAGGAGAGCUGUUAGGGACUUUUGCCUGACCCUGAAAUGUUUACUCAGUGUUGUCAAACAAGAAUAUGAACAACACGCUUUUUUUUUUCCAUCCAGACAGGUUUCAGACAGAUGGCAUUAGGGAAACCCUCCCUAGCUCUUUCCUUUUGGUAGUGUUCAGAUUUAUUUAUUUUAGAUCGGAUACAGUUUUUUUCUGUUUCAACUGUAAAAUCCUGUUUCAUAGUCUAACCUAUUCCCACACUUUUUUUUUCACAGUGUCAUGCUUCGUAUUUUGUUUACUGUAUCUAGAGAUGACAGGUGUCACACUACAUUAAGAUUUUAACAGCUAAAUAGUCAGUCAACCAAACAGCCUCUUGAACAAUGUCAUUAUAUAAUAGUCCAAGUAUUUUUUAGUUAUGGGAACCUUGGGGGAGGAAUGAUUUUUACCUCAGACACACCCUGAGGCUUCACCAUCCUCACGAGUGUCACUAGGUUUUAAAUGACAGUUAUUCUCCUCCUGAUGUUAUUAUUGCUACAGUGCUCUGGCUUCAUUUUGGAUUUGUCAUUCUUGUCACAUUUGGAAAGAUCCUGAAUGACAAGAAACAAUCAGUGGUGUUCAGAGUAUGCACAGGUGUCAGGUGAGACCGUACUCCAAACCAAAGGUGGAGUAGUUAUCUUUUGAAUAACUCCCACUCUCAUCAGAAGUUCAUUACACACGCACAGACACAGAAAGGAUACUCUUCUCAGUUUCUUACUUUGAUCAAGAUAAGCAUGUCUUUCUACAAACCCGAUUCUCAGUCUGAAUCUUAAAUGUUGUCUAAACACAAGCUGCUGUACAAGAACUUUGCUGAGAUUAAACAGUCUAAGAUUGGCAAAAUUAACAUUUAAAUCAGGACCUGGCUGAUCACAGGAUAAGUAAAUAACAAUUUGAGAAGGCUUUGGAUGCCAGCUUUCACUACCUGACAGUUUCUGGUGCUGCACUGAGGACGCAUUUUGUUUGAUAUCAGAGAGAAAAUCACAUUCACUUUUCAUCCUGCUCUCUUUCACUACCUUACAUUGUAUAAUGACCCUACUGAGUGUUAUUGUGAUGUUUUUGUUGCUGUGUCAAUACAGUUGCAUUGGUGUUUCAUUUUGUGUUUUUUUCCAUGCAGAAAUAUUGUGUUUCGUCACACAAAUUAGAUCUUCUUCUUUAAAAAUGUUGCAGAAAAUGGCUUUGGAUUAAUUGUGGGAACAGUAUUUCAGAUGAAGACUGAAGUAAAGCUGUACAGAGGCUGUUUUAAUGUUCCAGAAUUAUCCUACUGUUCCUGCCUGAAGGAAACACCUCGAGAAAAGUCAUGAAAAGUCAGCAUCAAAGAGUAUAUGUGAUGAAGAAGGCAUGAUUUUCCGUUGUGAUCAUUCAUUACUAGUUUCAUUAACCACAAGAUUACAGCAUAUCCUGUAUCUGACAGGACCUAAUCCAUUUCAGAUGUGAAGUCAACCUUAUUGCUGACUAAUCCCAUCUUCACUGUAGCAGCUCUGAGGCAUCUCUCCCUCGCCGCUUUCUCUCUUUCCCCUCGCCAUGUUUUUCUUUUUUUAAUCCUCACCUUUCCAAAGACAAACUCAGACAUGAACACAGACACCCGCCCAGCCUAGACAUUCCUCCCUGACACUGACUUUUGUGUUUGUCUAGAAAUGGAGCAGCUGGACGGCCACAUUGUGUCUCCAACCAACCUUACUGACUCGCCAGUCAUUCCUCUGGUCGUCUGUGUUUGUGUUUGGUGUAGUUAGUAACAGACUGAUUUCAGGUUUUGUGGUCUGAUAAUGUAAGCACCAGGGGCCAUUUUUAGCCCCAAUGAUUUCAUGCAAAUAUGAGCUAAAACUACAGAGUUUAGCAGCUCUGAGCCACUUAAACGAUAAAAAAUACAUCUUUUUUUCAGCAUUGUAUUGUAACUACUGAAUUUUAGUUUGGGAUUUGAAUAUCUGCGUUAUAAGAUAGCACAAGUCCAGCCAAGGUCUUUUGAGAAGUUCUUUAAAAUCAUGUUUUUGAGUUUCUAAAUAAUAGAUGAAUGUCACAUUGUGCCUCUCAUGCAAACAAUGUCAUUCGAGGCAAAUCAUGCAUUAAAAAAAAAAUCAACAAAUCAAACUCCUGAACUGCUUAUUUGCGUGACUCAGAGCAAGUCCAUUGAGGGUUGCCACUUUUGAUGCUUUUGUCCCUCUGCACCAUUCUUUUACAGUUUCCUUUCAACGUUCGGCCAUUAUAUGAGCCAAAAGCACAAAUGUAUCCUUUGCGUUUACCGAUUGAAUACAGCAAUACACACUGUGCUUUUGCUUGACUGCACAGUAGCCCUCUGAUCAUCACAAUAAGCUUACUUUGCCAUAUCCGGGCUGGCACACAGCAUGGGCCUUCUCAAAAUAGAGAACUAAUGGCUGUGCACCAUUAACACAAUGGACACUCGUCUUUAGUCCCGGUCUUUAUAAAACACUUUGUAGCCACAGCAGGUAGAAAGAGAAGGGCAGCCUGUCCCCGUCCCUCUGUACAAACAGGAAGAGAGAGGCCGAGUGAAUGAAAGUGAAAAGGAUGGUGAAACUGAGAUGAGGAAACAUAAAAGAAGCUCAGGGUCUGUUAAAUGACAGCCCGGUCACAAUGAAGUCCCUCUCUGUUGUUACUCUUUCAUACCUGAUGUUUGUACCUGACCACACUUAACAUACUGCAUUUUUUCCCUACCUGGUUCUUUUGGCUCCCACACACCCGGCACCUCAGCUUAGAUGUUUUGUGCUCUUACGUCCUUUGUUAUGUUGUUAGUUAAUGGGCCCCACUUUUCUUUCUUUCUCUUUUCUCUCUGUGUGCAGGACGAGCGAGAGGCAAGAGAGACUGUGAAAAGAGAACAGGAUGAGGCCUACCGCCUGUCUUUAGAGGCCGACCGCAAAAAGGUAUCUUAAAUUAAGGUGUUUAACAGAGAACUGGAAGAAGUGUAUGGUAAGUUUUUUAUACUUGACACGUUUUAAGUUUGACUAAAAAAGGCAAAAGCACCACCUCUGUUUUGAAUUAUGUCCCCUUUAAUUUCCUUUUUGUACAGUUUCAAGACUUUUUCACUACAAUAACACAAACUUCAAUAACAGUUGUGUCCUUGGUAUUUAAGGUUUAUACUGAGCUCAAAACUAAUGCCAGUAUACACAGAAAAAAACAACAAACACAGUAUUAAGUAUGGCCCUAAGGUCAAAAUAACUACUUUUAUUUUUUACAGAUUUUUCAGUUUAAAGAAAGAUUAUUUUUCAUCAUUCUUUUCAAAGAUAGGGCAGAAAAAUUCAGGAAACACAUCAUUAGCAACAUUCUAUCUAAUGACUUUCCUUCUUUCUUUCUCAGAGAGAAGCCCAGGAGAAAGAAGAGGCCGAGCUGGUUCGCCUAGAACAGAUGAGAAAGGAGCAGGAGGAGGAGAAGGAGGUGAGAGGAGCAGCCGUACACACAUUAUGCAAAUUAGCUAAAUUAAUAUUCCAGAUUAAUCAGUGCAAGGCUGAGCAGUGAUGUGUUUUGCCAGCACACAAUGACUGUGCUAUUGUGCUGUUGUGUUUUUUUAUCAUCUGUCUUGCUCUCACUUCACAAUAAUGAGUCAAUUAGAUUGUGGUUUUCGGUAAAGGCUGCCAGUCAGUGAGGCGUGUGCAGCGUGGGGAACAGGCAUACAGCCAUUUCAGAACAAAUAAAAUAUCCUAAUUACAGUGAGGCCCAUCCCGGUUAAUGUCACCUUACAUACACAGUUAUUGUUCUGUCUUACUGCUUUACAUUGGUAUAGCAUACAGCUUCUCAUUGAAACCCAACAGAACAAUAGACUGAGGCAAUACACACACAAAACCUAAGCAAACACACACAUAUUCACUUGAAAACAAUUAUUGAAUGUGAAGGGGGUGCAAACACACACCCACGCCCACACACACACAUACACAUGCAGGCAGACACUGUCACGCAUAGAGGAAAAACAAUCAUUGUCUGUGAGGACGGCACCAAUGCAGCAAUACAGUCUCUAGUAAUACAGUGUAGUCCUGCUGAUUGUUGUUUACUCAGCGGCCGAGUGCCCGAGGCAGAGAGAGGUAUUAGGUGACCAAACUCACUCAGGUGAUUUGUCACUUAAGUUCAACAGAAAGCAACAAAAGAGACGCGGGCAGGGCCUUCUUAAUUAUAUCACUGUAGUCCACUAACCAAACGCAAUGUGCACGCUAGUGUGUUUUAAACAACAAUAGCCGCCAUGGUCCCGUUUUUUUUCCCUCUUAUAUCAGUUUUCUGUGCCAAAGCUCACUGGUUUCCAUGGUGUCCUCUGUGCUAACACACCCGAGUCAAGCUCGUGCUACAGUCCAGGUAUUCCUAAAUUUGAGAGCCGACAGCACCUGCUAGGAGUGGACAAUGGAGGUUUAAGUCUUAGUCGCGGUUAUGCAGAAUUUGUAGAAGAUCAAAAAGUGUAAAAAUCAUGAUUUUCUUGUUCAUCACAAGAUUUUAUUGUGUCUGCUCAUAGUCCCGCUGAAACAAAUCAGUCGUUGAACUGAAAUAUGUAGAAGUCUAGCAAUAAAGCAUCUUAGUUUUUUAGUCUUUUUUUGAUUAAAAUCUUUUUUGGGCUCCAUUUUGCACUUCAUUUGUUAAGAAUUGUUAGCAUACACGGAAGCAUACAUAGAAAGCAACAAUGCCGAAAGUAUUAUUAGUGUUAGAAUAUAAAUUGUUUGAAGCAGUCUUGCUGAAGUAACACUUUCCACAAUUGAUCAAAAAAUCGUAAUUUUUUCAUUUACCUUAAAAUGCUGCUCUUAAUUCUUCUGUUUAGGGUUUUUAACAACACGAUUGCUGUUGUUAAAAUCAUGACAGGAUUGAAACAUCCCAGGUCCUACUUGAUUUAGUCAUUUUUGCCUCUUUGACUUCUUUUCUUGAUUCAUUAGCCAGAAUCUUAUCAAUCAUUUUUCUUAAUUAUAAAAUCUUCCAAAAGCGUAUCGAGCAGUUUUCCAUUCAGUUUAAUUGGUUUAUGUUUACAGCUGUUUUUAGAAUCUGCUGUCGCAAAUGACAGAAACUGCAGGCACAAGCAAAACACCAGUUACCACCAGUGAGAGGACAAUGCUUAUGGGAAUGCUCAUCCUGUGAUUUUGGAUGAACCGGGGGGGGAGGGGCUGCACUGUGUCUGUGUUUUAUGUGCUUGUGUACUUUGUUGGUACCACUUACCUCCUUCAGGGGGUCUUAGCAGACAGUUGUGUGGCUGUCAGGUGCACCUGUUUGCUUUUUGUGGUUAGCUGAGCGUAGAUGAAGAGGCAGAUUAAUAGAGGGAGAGAUGCUUCUGCUUCUUUGUGUGGAGCAGCCUCAGCCCGAGGCUCGACCAGACGCGUGUGCCGUGGUUUCUUCAGGGACGCUACCUCUCACUUCUGUGGGCUUUUAUGCUUACGUCUGUGGUUGACUGUCUGCAUUUGUAUAGCCUCCACUGUACACACACUCCUUUGUAUUGUGUAUGUGUGUAUGUCGGUCCCCAGUGGCCCCUUUAACUCAGUCAGCAUCAGAUCUUAAACCUGAGGGACCUGAUGGCGGAGCGGCACGCGCGCCACCCUGCCCACCCAACACCAGAAGCUGCUAAUGAGCUACUGUUGUACACUCUUAUGAAAUAUAAUUGCAUUAUGGUGUGUAAAUAAAGCCGGGGCGUGUUGUCACAGCAUAUGCUCCCCGGCUGGCCGAACAGGAACAACAAGCUGGAGGGGGGGGUGUAGGAGCAGAGGGAGGAGGAAGGCUCAAGGGAGCGGCUGAAGCACAGGAGAGGUGAUGAGCUUCUCUGUGGAAGAUAUCAGUCACAGGUUGUCUUUGUGUUCGAUGGGCUAUUCUACCAUGGUGUCAACAGUAUUACCAAAGUUAUGGACUUUAAAAAUAUGUUAGUCCCGUCUAAAAGAAACACGAAGAUGUUCCCUCACAGACUUCUCAAAAUCAAGAAAGCUUCGAACAGCAAGAGCACAGGGUUGUUAACUUGUUGAAACCGUACUUUGCAUCCCUCUGAGCUACACCAGGCUUUAGGGAACAGGGUGAGACACAGCGCAACAAAUCUAAUGAUAUUCUCAUCACAAAAUGGGUCUUUACUGAGCUAGAGGUCAGCUGCAUUCAGAUUCUGGGAACAACGUCUUCUUUGGGCUUUGCGCUGUGCUCGUGUUUACUUAAAACACGUAGAUAUGACUUAUUUUUAUUGGCACACGUCUUGUACUCCAGAUGAUGCAUUUUUAUUAGAUCGUUUAUUCUAAUUAUUUGUAUUAAUAUUCCCAUACUGUUGAUCCGUGCAAAUAAAAAGAAAACUUUUAAACAUUUCCACUAAGAAGAACUUAAAUAAAACUCCAGGCCAAUGCUGUAAUUAAAGAUCACUGGCUGCUAAAUUAGUCUGAUUUUCAUCUUGUUUAUUUUAGUCACCUGUCACAAUAUUUCCCAUGAUGACCCGGCAGUAAAAUGAACAAACUGUAAGAUGGAAAAAAAGCAGGCUUUGUGAUGCUAAUUAGCUUGAAAAAAAAAAAAAGGAAAUGCAGCGCCAGUAAAGACAGCUGCCUCCCCGCUGCACCUGUAUGUAAUCAUCGCCGCUGUCACUCAGCACUGUGAAUCACUACAUCAGCUUGAUGCCUCAUAUUCAUACCUUACGUCUUCAGAUUUCCUUAAUUAAUUUUCUCGCAUUAGUAUGCAGAGAAAGAACAGAAAGCCAUGAAAUGAGGUAAAUCUGUCACAUUUUUGAGGAGUCCUCAGUUUUCACCUCCUUCAUCCACAUUUGUCCACUAAGCUCUUAACCAAAUUCAUUGAUCUAGUUGUACCUCUGUGUUCCGGUCGAUGUUAAUUCAUCUUUUUUAUGAACAUCAAGUAUGACAGAUGUGUGAACAACAAACACUUAAUUUUCCUCCCGUUUUCUUGCAGGCAAUCCGCUUGUCAUUGGAACAGGCCCUACCGCCAGAGCCUGAGGAGGAUUCAGGGGAGCAGAUCAGCAAACUGCGAAUCCGCACACCGAGCGGCGAGUUUCUGGAGAGGCGUUUCCUUGGCAGCUGCAAGCUCCAGGUCCUCUUCGACUUUGUGGCCUCUAAGGGAUACCCCUUCGAAGAGUUCAAGCUCCUCACCACCUUCCCUCGUAGAAAUGUGAGUCAGAUUUUUACACUUACACACACUUAGACAUGGAUUAAGCUCAUUUGAGAGACUUUCACAAGGAUGGGAAUUAAAAGGUUGAUUGUCCAACUGUAUCUACGCUGUCUUUCGUCGUAGUUCUCUGCCCACACAAACAGGUACUAAAUUGGUGGAGAAACAGCAGGUUAUAAAGGGUUUUCAGCCACAGCUCUCAUCUCUGCUGGAGAGAACCACAGCUGUAAUUGGCUUCUCCGCUCAGGCCCAGACUGAACUUACGGGUGCAGAGAGCAGCAGGGAUAAUAGUUCGGAAAGUCUGUUACGGCUUAUUAAGUGUUUUUUUUCCUCUCGCUUUUUCGUCAUUCUUGUUUUGUUGUUUGUGUGCUGCGGCAGCAUUGCAUUUGUUUACUCAUACUAGUGAUGAGCAAAUUGUUUAUCUCUCCACCUGUGCGCAUGCAUUAUUCAGUGAAUAUAAAUGAGUAUCAGUGCACUAUGAAUACAGUACACUAUGACUGAGUUAGGAUACAGUUGUCAGCACUAACAGUAGUAUUCUCUAUGGCUCUUCUGCUGACGCCCCUGCAGCACUCAGCCAGCUACAACCAGUCAUUAGAGGGCUUGGUCGCCGCACUCUGUGGCAGAGAGCUAAUGAGCACUAUUUUAACUACCAGUUUAAUUAGCCAUGCUGCUGGAAACAAAAAUGGGAUUUCCAUUAAUCAAGAGAGGAGUUCAUGGGGAGGGGUGGGUGGUGGCGGCGGCGGCAGCGGGUGUAUAGAGGUGUGUGCGCGCAUGUGUGUGUAGGCUUGCCCAGGCAGUGUGCCAUCAUAGUCUGUAGAGACCGCCAGGGCACAAACACCUCAAACUAACACACACAUUAACGAGUAGCUCACACUCUUCAUUUCGUCACAAUCGCACACUUCAACACAUGCACAAAUAUUUUCAAGCAAACACAUGCCCCGCUCACAACUUUGUCACUUAAAGGAUUCACAGUUGUCUCUUUAUAAUCAAGAGUAAACAUGUGUUUGAGACAGAGAUAAAGAUGUGUCUGCAUCGCAGAUGAAAUUCCGGCAAAAACAGGAUGGGAGGAUUAGAGGGGGAGAGCAGCGGGAAGAGGAUGGUGACUGCAGAACUAGUGGAAAAGAGAACAGAGAAGACAAAAGCUUAAACAAAGAAAAGAUUUAAUCAGAGAAACAGUCUGAAAGAGAAACGGAUAGAGAAGACAAGUGGAGAAGAUAUUAAAAAGAAGAAGAGAGGAGAUAAUUCCAGAAAACAGAAAGGCGGGAGAUUUGGGGAAAGAGGAGAGGGAAACAGCUCGCUGGUAGUGCCAGUAUGAGGCUGUGAACACAGGCCCCUGUCUAAUCCUGCAGCUCUGUGUUGUAAUUAAAUGAGAGGGAGCAUAGAAAGCCUCCAUCCCGUCCAGACGCUCUCACUGUUGCUCUGCCAGGAUCAGAGGAUAGAGGAUAGACCACUAUUGCAUUUGUAAUACUGCACAACUGUUGAAACCUUCUUUCCCUUUUUCGAGUUUUCAGCAGCUUUAUGCAGUGUCACUCUUUCUUUUGCUAUUUCCCUCCGUCCCUCGUCAGCCCGCUUUACCUCAUAUCCACACACUCCUGCUGUAACAUGAGUAAAUGGAUCUACUCAAUCCAACGUCGGAAAAGUUGUGCUGAACAUUUUCGGGUAAAACUACACGAUUAUUGACCAGGAGAAAGAUUGUUGUGAAUGAGUAAGCCUGGUAACGGAGGUUUAUUCGCCUUUGUAGACGGGCUUUAGACACUUUGAGACCGAACAAUCGAGCCAAAUGAGAUUCCUUUGAUUCAUAAUUUUUCCACCUACUCAAAGCUUUGCGGAUAAGUGUCUAUUAGUCCCCAAUUUUUGGACCGAGUCUCUUAAUCAACAUUUGGUAUCAGUGGCUUAUCUCUUCAGCACUACAGCAGGCCUUACACUGGCAUCAUUUGUACUAGGCUUAGCCGUGCUCAGGGAGCUAACCCUUUCUCCAUUUCUCUGACUGUCAGCGAGUUUGAGGAAGAGGAAGGGGAGGAGGGGGACUUUUAGUGUUUCAGUUUUCAGCUUUCCAUUCAAGAAUUUCCCUCUUUUCCUUUGAUACUUGUUGAACACAAACCACUGCUGAAAGGCCUGAGGUCUUCUUCCCUUCUCCUCGCGGUGAACAUGUUUAGACUGCCAGUCCAAUAAUCUGCAAUCGGCUCUUCCUGCCUGGGCUGAACAAAGACACCCAAACACUGUCAAAGCAGCGUAUUAGUUUUCUCACUGUGAUACUGUACUCGACUUCACCUUCUCCUAAUCCUUCCUCCAGCUCCAUCGAGUGAGUUCCAAAUCAUUCUUAGACAAAACUUGAGAUGCAGAAAAAAUAAACAGUGGCACAGAAGAAGCUGCACAUUGCAGUGAAAUAGAUUUUACAUCUGUUAUACUGGUGUGUUUUGUUUUUCUUGCCCUCCCAUCUGAAGAAUUCACAGGAAGAGCUGCUGCAGCUUAUUUUAAAUGAAGUUACAAUCAAAAAACUUCUUCCUCUUGACUGUAAGUCGAGUGAAAGUCUUCCCAUGACUAAAAUCUAAAGCACCACACACAAGUAGCUGUAUGGCUCUCUGCUUUUCUGUUAAUUGGUUUUAUGAGGACAUGCAUACAGGCUAUAAUGUCUUCAAAAUCUCAUCUCAAAAACGUCUCCACCUCAUCAUUACUUAGCUUGGCUGUGGAAGCUUCAUGGCGUAAAUUGAUGUAUUUGCAGAUUUGACUCUAGAAGGUAAAGUUUUUCAGAGCUUCAUCUUGUGACACAUAAAAAAACUACUGAAAUGAGAACCCGGACGACAUUUUGCAUUUUCAUUUUGGGAGUUUUCUCACCGUUUCUCGAGUGUUUUUUUCUCCUUGGAAAAGUCGAUUAUUUUAACAGGUUCUAAACACAUCAAGAGCAUAUUCUCAUGUUAAAAGCCGAGUUUCACCCCAAGGGCUUCUUAGCCCCCUCCUCACCUUCAGCCCUCCUCUCCUCUUCCUUCCAGCUUUCCCUCCCUCUGUCUCCCUUUUCCCUCCUCUCUCCUCCUCCUCCUCCUCCUCCUGCUGUCUCUCCCUCACUGAUCUCAGAGUCAAUUAUUUUAUAUUUUCAAUCAGUUUUUCUGUCUGUAUCCAUUCAGCCUCUCACUUCUCAGUCCAAAUCUCUUUAUUUCUAUACCCCUCAGAGUACAUAUAUUUUCUGUACCAUCUAAUACAUCUUUAUAUUCUCUUUUUUUCUGACCUCCUGUAUCUCUCUCCUUUCUCAGAGCCUCACCCCCUCAGUCCUAACCCCCCCUGUCCAGUCUGUGCAGUGCAUUUCUUCCCUUUGAAGUACCGUAUUCUGCUCUGUUCUUUUAUGUUCACGCCCCGGCACUACGUGCUGUCAACGCUCCUGGCAGCAGAUAAUGAUCUCCCACUGCUUUUGUAAUUGGCCAAAUAAACACUUGACAACACUAGUUUAAAACAGACAAGUUAUUUGGUUUUAAUUAACAUAGUAGGGCCUGUAAUGGCUUCAUUAAAAAUGCGUUAUUUCAGCUGCACGUUUGAUUAUGUUGGAAGCGGACAUCUUGAGGGCCUGUGUUUAUUUUCCCUUUCUUUUCUUUCACGGCUGAGCGUUGCCGAGUGUCGCCUCCUCUGUUAUCAGUGUGUUUUAUUCAUUUGAAUCAAGUGACUUACAAUUGUGGUAUUUAUUUUAAAACUUCACAUUAAGAGCUAAUUAUGGGGUUUUAACCGAUGAAAUCUGCUGUAUGAUAAUGCCAAAGACACGGGGUUGAUUUCAGCCGAUUGUUUUAUGUCAUACGAUUUCUCAUAAGGAAAUAAAGACAAAAUAUCAAAGAUUGCCGAGAAGCACCAUCUGUCUUUUUGUUUGCUUCCAGUUUUAAAAUUUGGCUUUUUAAUGCCCAGCUUCCAGAUAUUGUAUUAUCUACUUGGAUUUUGAGUUCAUUUCAGCGUCUCUUUUUUUCUGUUAAUUUGUGUGUUUUUAAUUAACAACUGGAAAACCUUUUCCUCCACUAAUGCAGUUCAGUCAGAUUAAACCCCCUCCAAAUUAAUUUCCUCUUUUAAAACUGUCAGACACUUCUCUACUUCUGCUGAUUGAUUUGAUUUAAAUUGGCUGAUGAAAAUUAUAUUGACUCAAGGUUAAGAACAAACUGCAAAGCAGAGAGCUAGAUUUUGUCUGUCUUAUGUAUGUAUGUAUGUAUGUAUGCAUGGCUGUGUAGGCACAGGAGGAAAGAAUAUGGCUUAGGCAGAGCAGAGGAAAAACAACAGCUUUGUUUGUUGACAGAUGCCUCCAUGCUUAUGGUCUGUUAAUUGGAUAACAAUGUAAACAAUCACCGAUGGCGCCCGUCUCCUGUGUCAGUGUGGCAUCUUGUUUCCCUACUUUCUUUUUCAGAGUCAGAUGCUGCUCUCCCCCCGUUGUCUCUCCCUGGUGCACUGCAAGCACAAACUCUCAUCCUGAUUUCUCUGAGAGUGCACACAUCCACACAAACACACAUGCUUAUAUCUAGUCUACACACACACGCACACACACACCUGCUCCACCCCAAAGCCUCAUUUACUCCUACCUGAUGCUGUGGUGUCAUAACAGCCUGUCGGGUUCAUUAGCAUGGCAGCCAUUUGCGGCGCGCUGCUCCUGAGGUGGGAAAAGAAGCGCAACAGCCCUGUUGGUCGUUUCCCCCCACCGUUGGGAUGGAAUAUGUUUUCAGCAAACACACACCUGCACAGACACGCACACACACUAUUUUAGCUCUCCUCAUGGUGCCACGUACCCUGCCGAGCAAUGAAGCAGCUGACUUGGUGAGGGGUGCAGGGUUGAUGCGGCAGUCCCACUCUUAGGCUCCCAGGGACCCUGCUGAGAAGUCAAGAGACUAAAUGACACGUUGAAAUGAGGACAAGGAGAUGAAAGACAUGAGUGAAAGACCGCUGACGCGUGCAGGAUGUGACAUUUCCAAACACCCAUGGGAGAUGGAUCGGUUGCCUGAUGCUGAUAUGUCCUUCUCACCUUCUCCUAAUUUACUUACCUUCUCCUUCUUUUUCUUUCGUUCUUUUCUCACCCUUCUCUCCGAGUCCUUGAACAGCCUCGAGUUUUGCAGACUGCCUGGUGGUUAUCACAAGAUUAAAUGUGUAGAUUGUUUUAAUUAUUUUGAGUGUUUGCUCAAAUCAAUACGCUCAGUCGCAGAUAACAGUUUUUCAGGCGCUGACAUAGACUCCGUGUUUAUCACCAUGCAGCUGUGAGAUUUCUUCCAAGUCGGAUUUCUUUGAAUUAACUUUCUCCAAGACAAAAAAAGGCAUCUUUUGAUUGCCGUGAGCUCCAAGUCCUACGUGAAAAAAAAAGCUAAUAUUUGGAAAAAAAAUCAGUGACUAUUUUGAGUGUCCAGCAUGUCAGUUUAGACAUGAUAUCAAACUCUUAAGUAAAUAAUUAUUUAAUAUUUUUACAAACAAUAACAAUCGCCACAACCUGUUUGUUCUACAUAGGCUAAUUGUUGGUAAAGUUUCAGUUUAGUUAAGUUCAGUUCAUAGUCAGAGUCUGUAUUUGAUUCCCCACAGCCGUCUGUCUCAGCCCUAUCGCUCCGCUUGUUGUGAGGUCGACCUUUACCGCGCCAGCUUGCCCUCUGACCUUCUACAGCAGGUACAGGGAGCCGUUUAAUUAUCCCGCUGUGAGGUUAGAAUAGGAGCUCUAAUCAGAGGGGCUGACGCAGCAGUCAUCAGAUAAGGCCAGGACACAUCUCAGUGUCACACCACCUCGCCCAUUCAGCCCAGGUGUUAAAUUGGCCCGAUGUAACACAACUCCUCCGGUGAUUAGCUCACAUAAGCUAGGAGGCUCACAGCGUUGGUGGGUGUCAGAGAGAAUCAGAUUGUGCUGUUUCAAAAAGAAAAAAACACAGGUCAUGUAAGCUGACUCGAUCUGCACUGCUGUGGGUGGUACUGCUUUAUUCCUUUUGCUUCUAGACAAUAGAUGUUGUGUAGAGUUUUGAGCGCAGAUAAGUGUUUCUCUCCUUUCUGCAUCAGCCACAUUUCAGAUUCCAGCUGAAAUGGGGAAUUAUAAGACAGUAAACACAUUAAAAGUUCUUCAGUCCCUCACUUGUGUUUUCUCUUUCACACACACUCUCUCUCCUGUCCUGUGACCUUCAUCAGUUUGAGUUGGACUGGAGCCUUAUUAACAAAACAAACCUGAUGGUUCUCUUAGGGAAACUAUCCUCUGGCUGAUCGGAUUACUGCUACAACUUUUUUUUUCUUUUUUAUAAAACAUGUUAGAAUAAUACACACAGAGAACACACUCUCUUUCAAACCCACACACACACACACACACACACACACACACACACACACACACACACACACACACACACACACACACACACACCACCACCACCACCAUUGAAUAAAGCCUGCAGCUUCCCCAGACUGGAUCACAGGGUGUAUAUGGUUGCAAGGUGGAGGCUUUAUCCAUGAUUAGAUGACCAAUCAGAAAAGGUGAAGUGAGAGAUUUAAUGGUUUUAUUUCAAGUAGAAACUUUGAAACUUUUUUUUUUUUUUGUGUUGGAGAUUGUUGUGAAACUUUGCCUCACCGUGCUGUUGUUUUUAAUUUUGUAGACCACUCAGGUCUCUUGUAGUUUUAGGAAAAAACUGACCAAAAAAAACAAAAUCUAAGAUACUGAUGACUAAAAAAGCUUGAAUAGAUUGAUGAGUUGCAGUGAUUUAUAUGCCAACAAAUUUAUUGAUCAUCUUUGAGACUUAAUCAUACUAAUUUCUUGUCCUCCAGGUGUAAGAUUUACUGCAUUUCUCGGUAGAUUACUGUAGUAAAUGUAAUAUUUUAGAGCUGUUGGCUGUUUGACUAAUAACUAGAUUUUCAGAUGACAGUUUGGGAUCAGGGGAAGUCUUUCUCUUUUCUUUUAAUGUUAAAGGACAUUUUAUCGGUCGACUUAUCAUUUAAUGAAAGACGGCAGUUCAGCUGUGUUGGUUUAUUACUGUCAAUAGAGCACACACCCCAUUUUACAAAAGAAUAGUUCCUAAAACACUCAUGAUAACAAUAAUACUAGUAAUAAGUUUAUUUAUAUUGCUUCUUUCACAAAGUGCUUUACAAAGAUAUAAAACAAACUCAGGAAAUGAUGCAAAAGUGCAAUAAGAGAAAUAGUCUCAUGAUCUUCCAACCUGCGACCACUUCGUGGAUGUUAUCACACCUUUACAUUUCGCCUCUCCUUUCAGUAGUCUGAUCAGGCCGCAAACAAAAAUCAGGGCUGUCAAAACAACAUAGUUUCAAUUUAUUAAUCACAGAAGAGCUCAUGUUAACCAAUGAUGACGUUUUACAUCACUGGUCACACGUUGUACUAUUGCUGCUUUAUUAAGAUAAGGUGAGAACGCACAAUGCACACGUCUCCUCUGGAUCUUAACUCCUCCUAUUCCCAUCACGAGGAAAGUCAACACACACAUAAAAAGAAGUCCCUGUUCAAUGUGAAUCUACUUCUUGCACCGUUUAAAGUUUGUAGAAAGUUGUGAUGUCAUUCAGAAACAUAUUCUUAUUGGUUGUUUGGACAAACCAUCUGGAAAUGCUGCAUCAUUAAUGACGAACCUCCACACACGGUUCAUGUGCUGCUGAGAAAAAGAAGCACGUCUCACUUGAUCAGAAAACUGAUUCAUGAGAAGAAAUACUUUGGCAACUUUUGAGAUGUUCUGGAGGGAGAUAAGGAGGGAGAGAAACAAACAGCAAGAAGAUGAUCAGGCAAAAAGCAGUGUGUGGAGAGAGCAGGGUUGUGUGUGAGAAGGUUAGCUUACAAAUCUAAACUCGGAGGACAGAGAACAAUUAAAGUGUAGGAGUCAGUGAUAACCAUCAGAUCAACCAGAUAGACGAGUAUGCAGAAUGUACGUCUAUAAUGCACUACUUUCAAUAUUAUAAAUAUGAGCCUGUAAUUAAUUGGAAUUUUUUCAAUGCACAAAAAUGUUCAAGUCAGAUUUAUGAAUAACAAAGAUAUCAUUCUCAGGUGCGGGCCUAGUUUCCAAACUGUUUGAUUGGUGGUUUUUCUAAUGACCUUCUCUUGUUUCCCCACCUACCUUGUCUCCUCUCAGAUCACCCAGUUGGAUCCGGGGUCAACUCUGCUGGAGGCCAAACUGUUCCCACAGGAGACGCUCUUCCUGGAGGCGAAAGAGUAGGCAGUGGCCCUCUGAUAGCUGAGAGGAUCGACUGACUGACUGAUAAACUGGCUGAACACACACCUAGUCACCGAGCAUGGGCCUCACCAGUCUGGGCCUGCAGACACACACACACACACACACACACACACACACACACACACAGACACACACAUAUACACACACCAGAUAAUCCUCUCAGACGUACAUCAACACACUGGCAUGCACAUCCAGUGACACACAAGUGCAAGUAAGCUUCUCUGCCCCUCGGCCUGGUCGUGGCACCUGAACGCCCCGUGUACAUGUGUUGCACAGAGGAGCAAGGACAGUAUCACAAGCACACAGCCAAACAUUCACCUCCUCUAAAGAUCCUCCCAUCCCUCUCUUUCUCCUCUAACACAACUUCCGACUUCACACACUCAACUGCUGCGUUAUGGUUUUUCUCUCACGAACACGACACUGAACUUCAGAAGAUUUCAGCGUAGAGACUGAGUAGACAAAUCUUUGUCACAGGAGAAAAAGAAAAAAAAAAAAAGAACUCGUUCCCCUUGUUUCCACAUCCAAAACAUGGAGGCUGCUUUUUUAGAACAUGGUUUUUGUGUUUGAAAUCUUAAAAAAAAAAAGAAAAAAAAAGCUUAAAAAUUGAAUAAAAUAAACAGCAAGAGGAGAAGUUGCCUGUCAGAGAUCUGGGCUGUUUUAUCUCCACCUGUAUUUAACCUUUCCAACCCCUCCUCUUCCUUCCCUCUGUCCUCUCUCCUGCACCCCUACGUCUGUCUGCUGUCUGUUGAGGGGACGAAUUGUGAUGGGACAUCUGCAGCGCCUUGAAGUGCCCCCUCAAUCUCUGCUUCCCUCUGGUUUCAACACCCACUGCUCUACACGCCAAUGGAUUGCUCACUUUUCAUUUCUUUUUUUUUUCCCUCUUGAUCCUUUUUAAGUUUGAUGCUGUAUUAGUUUUAGUUUGAUAUACAUUAUAUAAAAUAUAUGAAUAUGAACAUCAAUAUGUCUCAGCCGCAAAUCUGUUGAAACAUGACACAGCACAUAUUUCAUUAUUUUAUAUUUUGAUUUUCUAGUGUUUGAUAAUUUAAGCAUGUAAGAUAAGAUAAGCUUUUUAAUGUCUCGGUGGGAAAUUUUCCUUGGACUUCACAGUGCUCUAAUGCAAUAAAAACAACAACAAUACAUUCAUACAUCAAUUGCACAUGUUUACUUUACCAUAAAAUGUCUCAUUCAGUAGCGAUACGUGUAAAAACAAGGCUUAGAUAAAUAGAUACUUUAUUAAUCCCAAUACUUUAUUAAUUCAGAUGCUGGCCAAGCAGCCGUACAAUUUAAUAAUGUCCUCAGGGUUCAGUUUAAAGGUCUGUUUUGAGUUUUUAGCUGGUUAUGUAACAAGCAGAAAUGUACAUCAAUGCCUCUGUGUGAUCGAUAAAGACAAACACUUGUAGCGACAA